AUGUCCGGUCCACCGAAUAUUAAUAAUAACCAGCUACCACCAUCCAGUAGCGGUGGUGUUAGUGGUGGUGGUACCGGUGGACCGGGUAGUGGCAGAGGGUGGUUACGGACCCCACCAGCGACGUAUUUCCGGUCACCCUCACCGUGGGUGCCACCUGGGUCGGCUCCUCCAAGGCAAAACUCUCCACUCACGGUGCCACGUCCAGCUGACGCACCCGUCACUGCCCGUGGACCGAGCGAGUUUGUUUACCAACAUCCGAGCUCCGGCGCCUUCGGAGGAGCGUCCUACCCUGCACAGCAGUACGCGGGCGAUCGAACCAUGCCUGCAACAUCCACCAUCCGUGCAACGACAGCAACGACGGCAACUGCGACUUCCGCGCAGGAGUUCCAGUUCCAGCGUCCGAUCCCGUCGGCCAUGACACCGACUCACUUUGUGGGCACGUCGACUCACUAUCGGCCAGUUUCACCUGCAGCCGUAGCGCCGCAACCGUACCCACAGUUCAGUUCGACCAUGUCCCCGAUUUCGUCCCUUCCACGAUCAAUGACGCCGCAUAGCGUCGCCAGCAGCUACGGGCCGGUAGAUUACCAACAGCAGCACCAGGUGCGUCCGGGUUCUACCCAAAGUUCGGUUUACGGCGGUGUGACUUAUCAUUACGGUCCAGCUGCGGGACCCGGUCACCCUCAAGCACCGUUAACCGGACAGUCCCAGUACGUGAUCUAUGAUUAUGGGGGCGAAAUAGGACCUUCGACCGCGGAAAUUAUUGCCGCACAAUCGCAGGACUACGUCGACGAGAAGCUGGCCGAAUAUCAAGCUACCAUCAUGCUUCUACAAGAUGAACAAGAACGUGUACAGAAGAAAACUUUCGUAAACUGGAUUAAUUCAUUUUUAAACAAGCGCGUACCACCAUUGAAGGUCGAAGACUUGAUCCAUGACCUUAAAGAUGGCACGAAACUGUUGGCCUUAUUGGAGGUACUCUCCGGCGAGAAGUUACCGAUGGAAAAGGGAAAAGUGUUGCGUCGGCCACACUUUCUGAGCAACGUAAACACCGCACUACAGUUCCUUACCAGCAAACGCAUCAAGCUAGUCAACAUCAACCCGUCGGAUAUUGUCGACGGACGUCCGGCUGUGGUUCUAGGUUUAAUCUGGACAAUUAUUCUGUACUUCCAAAUCGAAGAGAACAGCCGCAUUCUACACUAUCUGAACGAAAAUCUUAGCGGUUCGCUAAGCUCGCUCGGUAGCAGCAGUUCCGCAUCGAACAUACCCGGCUUGAGCAGCAGUAAACCGAUAACGUAUACUGGUACGGCCUCAGUUGCCACAAGCAGCAAGGAAAUGAUGAAACAGGGCCCCAAGAAGACACUGCUUACGUGGGUGAAUAGUGCCUUGCCAAAAUCCACGGGAUUUGAAGUCCGUGACUUUGGAGCAAGUUGGCGCGAUGGCAUUGCGUUCCUGUCGCUGAUUGAUGCGAUAAAAACGAACGUAAUCAACAUUGCAGAGAUGAAGAAGUACAACAACCGUUACCGUCUGGAUACAGCGUUCAAUGUGGCCGAAUCGGAGCUGGGUAUCGCUAGACUUUUGGACGCAGAAGAUGUGGACGUCAAUAGUCCAGACGAGAAGAGUAUAAUGACAUACGUCGCACAAUUUCUGCACAAAUACCCCGAUGUGAAGAACAUUAAUUCAAAGAGUGACAGCGAACGCGAACUGCUGGAACUUUUGGAUUGGCUCCGCCGGACGGUACGCUACUACGAUGGAAUGCAUGGCAAAUAUCCCAACAACUACUCAAUGUACGAGAGCGUCAACGGUGAAAAGUUGGAAAAGCAAAACAUAUACAAAAAGGUGAAGAGCAUUAAUGCUGCCAAGAUGACACCGGAAGUACAAGAGCUGAACAGUCUCUGGACCCAACUGGAGCGCCACAUGCAGCAAUGGUUGUGGUACCUGGACAGCAGCCUUCCAGAGCAGUUUGGGGCGAUUGGACGUUGGUUAAGCAAUGGUGAAAAGCUGUUGAAUGACGACGAUAUACCGAGCAACAUGAAUGAGGAGACCGCUUCACUGAUUAGUAAGAAGCUCGAGGCGCACAAGCAAUUCUUUGCUUCGUACUACGAGGUACGCGAGACGUUCAACACCGUGAAGCUGACACCUUUGGCGAAAAAGGUACCACUUGGACAGUUGCAAAACAUGGAAAAGAGACUGCUGGACAUAGAACCAUGCGCUAGACAACGGCGCAUUAAGUUGAAGUAUCUGGAACACAAGUGCUGUCUGAUUGCGUUCCUGAACCUGCUCGAGAACAAGAUUAACGGCGUGAAGUACAAUAAUGAAGAUACGGUGAAGCAGUCGCUGGAUCAUCUGAAAAACUUUGUCACCCGCAACCAAAUCAUGCAAGAGUUCGAGAAAGCGCUGAUUGAUAUGCGUCAGGUGAUUGAGGAGUACAAGAUCGAUGGUAAUAUCACGAAGAAGGAGAUGUACAAUAUCGAUGUGUUUUUGCACGAGAUCGAGGAUCGUUGGAAGAACGUAUCGUCGCGAUUGAUUUGUACCGAAACGAUGCUCGAAGAUGUACUGUCCCACUGGCAGCGUUGGCGCUCGUUGGUGCAUGAGAUCGAGACAUGGUUAAUGCAGGCGCACGACGCACUGCAAGGCACAGAAGACGAACGUAUCGAGUUCUUCCAGAACAUCAACGUGUACAAGGAUAAGUUUGACGUACUGACGGACACGUUCAACAUUUUGAAAUCGACGUGUGAUCAAGAAACCAGCAUCGGGCUGGAAAGGAAGUAUAAUCAGCUGGCGGCACACUGGGAGCAAGUGUUCCAGCACACCAAGCAGUACUUACACGUGGGUGAUAUUCUGCAGCAUCGUCAGAAGUUCAAGGCAGACGCAGCGCAGCUAAACGAGUGGAUUCAACGCACCGAUGCGGCUCUUGGUCGUAAUAAUCUCCGGGAUUCGGUCGAGAUCCGGCGGUGUGAAACGGAAAUAAAGCAAAUUGCCUGUGAGAUCGAAGCAAUGGAAGAGUUGUUCAAGUCGAUCAGCCGUAGCUUCCAGGCACUCAUCAAAGAAUACUCGCGGGACGAAGUGGACCGUAUGAUGGCUAUGAUGAAGAAGCAGAAGGAAGCAUUGGUGCGUGUGCGUGCACAGAUACCGAUCAAGUUGCAUCUGUUCCAUCAGCUACUCACCCAGCAGGAAGCGCUCGAGAGUGGUCAGCGGGAAAUUUCCCAGUGGCUGGAUGAGGCUGAGAAUCUGCUGAUAUCGUACUCAUUCAAUAACGAUCCCCAGCAGACGAAAAAUAAUCUGGCAAAACAUAAAGCGUUCUUCAAUCGUACACUCUACUACAAAUCGAUGUUGGAAAGCAAGAACAACGUGUUCCAAAAUUUGCUCAAACUCACCGAUACGGACAGUAGUGUCGAUAUGAGCGAUGCGGCUACCAAAAUGAAGCAACUGAACGAUCGUUUUAGCUAUGUAAUUAACAAUGCGAACGAUUGGGAGUACAAGCUGCAGGAAAAUUUGCGCGUUUGGGAAAACUUCAAUGAAAGCAAACAGAAGGUGGAAACGUUCCUGCGUCAAGCAGAAGCAUUCCAAAAAUCUGCAAUACCGGUGGAAAAGGAAACCGAUGCUGAAACGCAAUUGGUGUUCUUCAACUCUGCCGACCAGACAAGCAUCAACAAGCUGGAGCGCAAUACGGAGGAUUUGCUAAAGUAUUUGCCUCCUGCGGAGCAGCAAGUACUGAUCGCUAAGGUGGAAGACAUUCAGCGCCAGUGGAGUGAGGUAAUCCAACAAAUUCCACUUCACCUGCUGAAGGUUGAGUUCCGUUUGAAUGAGCUCACGUUCAACGGGUGUGCCAAUGACAUCGAGAAAGAGCUGAACGCGGAAGAGCAAGCUUUCAAUUGCAACGAAAACUUUGAAGCCAUAUUGCAGCGUAACUUGGACUAUUUCAAGAAUACCGAUCUUCAGCGUGUGGAACAGGUGUUGGGAAAUAUGGAGAAGAUCAACUACAUCUAUCUCGAGAAGUCAGCGAGCGAUCAGACGUUAGCACCAUUAUAUCAGCGUGCGAAUGAUAGUUGGAUCGCCAUCUGCAAGCGUAUUGAAAGUGUUCGUAACAUUUUGCACAAAAUCCCGGCGCAGUGGGAUGCUUACCAUGCGAAGUUUAAUGAAAUGAACGCGUGGAUGGACCGGGUGGACGAAUCAUUGCGACAGAUCAUGGUGGAGAAGCAGACGAUGGAAGAGUUCGAGCAGGAAAAGGCUACUUUCCAGAACAUCUGUUUCGAAGCCGAUGCUAAGCGUGAAGAUAUGAAGUGGUUGGUGAAGACACUGGACUUCUUGCUGAGCCACACCAACGAAGAGCAAGCAACGAUCGAACAGGAGAAAAUCGAAAAAUUGAUCGCCCGUUACAAAACACUCAUACCAACGAUUGAAACAACGAUGACCAAGACGGAGGUGUUCGCUAAGUGUUACACCUAUCGCCGGGAAGCACAGGAAAUAUGCGACCUGUUGGAUCGUAUCAAAUCGCAGGCCCGAAGUGUGCCACCACCGGAGAGCUACAAGCGUGUGAACGAAAUGAUCGAAGAACAGCAGUACUCGAUCAAGGAGCUGGACAAUCAGCGUGCCCACAUAAUGAAGAUGCUGCAGCGAGGUAAAGAUUUGAGCAAGAACCCAAGUGCACCGCAGUUCAUUGCCGGUGAGAUUCGCAAGCUGGAAUCCGGUUGGAACGAUACGUACAAUGAGGCGGCUGAAAAGGUUCGAGCGUUGAAAGCUAUCCAGAAAGUUUGGAGCGAUUACAACGAACAGAAGGGGCAGAUUGUUGGUUUGCUAAACACGGCAGAGAUGGAGCUACGUUCGGUGACGCCUUUGCAAACCGAUCCGAAGAGUGUAACGCAAGACUUGGACAUGAAGCGACAACUGGCAAUGAACCUGAAGCAAGCGUCUUCCAAAUCCUUGCUACAGCUGAAUGAUCUUUGCCGUGAUCUGGGAAUGUCACUGCCACCGACUACCCGGCAGGUGAUUGAAAAGGAAGUGAGUGAUCUCGGUAAGCGCGUGGACAAUACGGUCGAUUAUGUCGAAAAGCGUGUCGUUUACCUCGAAGAUUACAGCGACAAGUGGAACGAAUACAAACAGCGACUUGAUAGCUUGAAAAGCUGGGCCAACAACGUGUAUCCGAAGAUGGUUGCCGCUAUUAAACAACCGCAGAUCAGUGCAGAAGAUCGUGUGCUCAAGACGAAACAGCUCGAAGGUGUGCUUGGCGAAAAGAUUCGUCAGCUGGACGUGCUGAACGCGAGUGCUGCUGAUCUUGCAUCGAAGGAAGGCAACCUGAGUGAAAUGAAGCGUUUGAAGGCGGAGGUUGUUCACCUGCAGGGAACGUUUACGGAGCUUCACCGCAUGGUUGACAGCGAGAAGGCACUCGUAGGCGAGGACUUCGAAACGUGGAAGUGUUACAACCGCGACAUGGACAGUCUGAAAGAGUGGGUUGAGCGAGCCAAACUGGCACCAGAGUUGGAGCAAAUCAGACCUUCGACCUUGCCGGAAGCACGCGCGUAUCAGGGACGGCUGGAAACGUUCAACGAGCAGUGCGAGGGCAAGAUGGACGAGUUGCAGAAUGCAAUAAAAAACUCACAAAACAUACGGUACGGUGUGAAACCAUCAGAAGAGACGGAUAGGUACUACAUGAUUGUGUCGAGCAUCUACGAAAACGUGCAGCAUCUGUUGAAUAAAACGGGAAAACUGGUAACGAACUGGGCCAUUCUGGACGGUGAUCUGGAGAAGCUGAACAAUUUCAUCCAACGGGCUGAAGCGCGGAUGGGAGAGUUUGGCACAGUGCAGGGACCAGCAGCUGCACUUCCGAUCGACCUGCUGGAAACGAAGAUUAAGUCACUGAAACUGUUUAGCAAUGAAAUCUCCGAGCAGCAGGCCAAGCUGAUCGCGUUGGUUCAUAUGUUCGAUCAGAUUAAUCAUAGUCUCUCGGAGGAUGGUGUGAACGGUGUGCGGGACAAGCUGAAGUCUGCAAAAGACCGACUGUCCAAGCUCAGUGAUGACGCACGAGCCCGUAUUAAUGCUAACUACGAAAGUAUUGUCGAGCAACAGAAUUUCAACGCACAGAUGACUGACUUCAGCAACUGGAUGGAUCAGAUACGAACCAGUAUUAGUGAGCUGGAGAAUACAGCCGUAGACGAAAUCGAGCUGGCCGUGCAGAAUGUACAGUACCUGGUGCAGCAGCAUGCCGAUAAGCGCGACACGUUCAAUCAAAUCUACGCGCAGGUUAAGCAACAGAGCCUGUCGAACAAUCCGAUGGAGAACAAGCUGCUGAAUGAGACGUACAGUUCGUUGGCGAGUAAUUAUCAAAACCUGGAGUCGAGUCUUCUGCAGAUGAAAGACUUCCUUCAGAAAUGGGUCGAGUUUUUGCAGUGGCACAACACUACCAAAGACCAGUUGGCGUAUUUGCGCGAGAGCAUGAUAAAGUACGAUGUAUCCAGCGAAGAUCAGCUGAACGAUGCUAAUCGGCGUAUUAGCGACGUGGGUGCGGGAAUAGACAACUGGCGUCGCUUAUCGAUUGCUAUGGAGCAGGAACCGUGCAUAUCGUUCCACGAUAAAUCUCACAAGCCCGUUAGUGCGAUUAAUAUGAUUGCGGACCUGGAUCAUAAGCUGGUGAGCAUAAGGUCGCAGGUCGAUGGUAAGCUGAAGGAGGUGGAAAACACCAAAGAUCGUGUUAACAAGUUCCACAAGACGCAGAAGGAUCUGACGGAUUCGCUUAAGAGCAUCGAGGAAAAGUUGAAAGGUAUCAUUAAAGCCGCACGAUUGUCAACCUUGGACGAUGGAAUGGAAGAUCUUUCGACUUUGAAUGAAAAGAUCAGCGAGCUGUGUAGCGCAAAGGCCCAGGUUCAGUACGAGGGCAACCUGCUGCUGAAGCAGGACGUCGUUGACACUGGCAUGGAGAUUCAGGAGGAGCUUGGUAAGCUCGAUAAAAAGGUGUCAGAUUUGCAGCAAGAGUCUGAUGAAACUUUGCGCGUUUUUUCGGGAACGAGCGAUUUGUAUGCCGACUUCAACAAGUACAAUAUGAGUUUUGCCAACGAACUGAAGCAAAUCGAGGCGCUCAACAACGGGACGGUGCUGAACUUUGAUAACAAACCCGCGUUGCAGCAGGCACUCGAUCAGCUGAAGAAAGCGUCCGAGACGAUGAUGAAGAAGGUGAAGCGAAGUCUGGACGUAGUGGCGGCAAAGGGCAACGAGCUUGCGAAAACGUUCCGCGGUUACAAUCCGCAGGAUUGUGACAACAUACUCGAUAUUAUCCGACACAAUAAUGACCUUUUCAAGGCGAAUCUGGAACGUUUAAUUGACAAUUCGAGUGUACUUGAUCAGAAGGUUGCAUUGUACAAGCAGGCGGACGAGUUGUACCAGGAUCUAGACGAAUGGUUGCAGUCGAAACGCGACCAACUGUCGCGCGUGCUUGAGAACCCGGGUGAGAUCGAGAGCAAAAUUGUGUCAUACCGUGCGGAACUGCCGGCACAGCAAGCGUUCAAAGAAAAUUUGGAUGGAUUGCUGCAGGAGUAUAAGAAAAUGAAUGGAGGUAGCUUGCCGAAGGAUCUGCAUGCAAUGUCAGUACAACUGGACGAUGCCUUCAUUGCAAUCGAGGAUACGGUGAAUCGGUUGAAUAAUCGUAUGUCUGAGUACACUGCCGACGAGCGACAGUUGAAGCUCUCCAUCAAAGGUAUUAUUGAGCGUAUUUAUAGCAUACGCGAGGAGAUCGUAGGCUGCGACGAUAUGACGCUAGACAGUGGCAAACAGCUGCUACAUCUUGCCGGAUGUCGUGAGCUGCGCCGCAAGUUAAACCUUGUUGGAGAGGAAAUCACGGAGUUGAAGAAUGAAUUCGCAUCGAUGGAAGCAAAGUACGACCAAGGUAUCAAAGAAGCGUCUACCGUAUCUAAAGAGAUCCAAAACCUCGAUCAACGCUUCGGGUUGGUGAUGAACAGCUUGAACGAAGUAGAGACCAAACUGACAAAAAGUGUGGAGAAAUCGUUUAAGGAUAAGCUGGGUGCAUUGACUCGAAUGAUCGGGGCGCAGAGUGAAAAGUUGAACUGGUGUGCUCCGGAGCCUACGAGCGACAAGUACCAGCUGGAGGUGAAGCGAACAACGCUUAACGAUGUGCGCACAAGCAUUGAGGAUUGCGAGCGUAUCCUUGGAGAGGUGGAAAGAUCGCUCACUGGAGCAGUGACUGAAUUGUUCUCUCCGUCAAAGGUUAGCAAUAUGACCGAUGAGACGAAGGAAGUGGGCAAACAGCUCGUGGUAUUGAAGCGUGCCUUCGAAGAAACCGAAAAGCAAUUGACCGAUAACAUUGCGCUGUGGCUGAGCUAUGAGUCCAUCUCCGAAGAAGUUAUCCAUUUCCUAAAGGAUCUGGAAGCGAAAAAUCGCAUGGAGACGGUGCUUUUGAUCGAUUUGGCCAACCUAGGUGAAAAAUCGAAGGAAGUGAGUCAAGCCCGUGCGACCCUAGAAGAGUUCAAAGUGAAAAUGGACCAACUGCAAUCCAUUGGAAACCAACUGAACGAAGUCAAUCAGGAAUCACGAGCACUAGUGUUGGUGCAUCAUCUGCAAAAUAAAUACCAAACAUUCAGCAAGUACUUUAUCCAGCUGCUCGAUCGUUUGGAAGAUGUACGUUUGAAGGAUGCUCAGUUCCGUGAGGCGGUGGAUAAGAUACGUCACUGGCUGCGGGAAAUGCAAACCAAAAAGCACGCUCAAAAUCUCGGUGCGGAUGCACAAGUACAAGCCCUUUCCGACCGAGAAUACGAAGCAGCUAAGGCUUUGAGAGCGGAAAUUCUUUCGAAGGAUAGUGCUCUUAAUGAAACGUGCUCUUUAGGUGAAAACCUGUACGCCGAGGUGAGUGUUGAUUGUCGCGAAGGAAUACGUGAUGAGAUGAAGCGUUUACGAAGCGAUUACAACGCACUGCUGGAGGAGGUUAAUGGCGGUAUAAAACGUAUCGAGUCCGAUUUGAUCAAGAAAAAAUCGAUCGAUGAAAGUCAUAAUCAGCUCAACAACUGGUUGACGGAGCUCCGUGGUAAGAUAACUUCUGGGUUGGCUGAUCGCUAUGGAACGCUGCCAGAGAAGAAGAGUGCUCUGUACAGUGGCAAGAAUAUGCAGAAGGACAUCACUGUACACGAGACAAAUUUGGACCAGAUUCAAAAGAAGGUGAUGGCUUUACCGGAUAAAAGUUCCUUGGGACAGAUCGAAGAAACACGCCAGAACUAUGGUGCCCUUCGCGAGGAGCUCGAUCGUAAGAUUGCGCUUCUAGAGCAGGCAAUCAAGUCACAUGAGCAAUACAAUGCGAUGCUGGAAAAGUCACGUGACUGGUUGUUGAAGCUGCAAUCACAAACAGAAGAUAUGUUCAAUGAUGGCGAUCUGACGAAGGCGAAACUAGAGGAGUAUCUGAUUCUGGUCGACACGGUACUCACGGAGGAGGAAGCUGCCCUUGAUGAUGUGAAUGAAUGCUACAAGCAGUUCGCCGUGGUGAUGGCACAAACACACGAGAACGGACAUUCGGAGUUGUUGCGUGCGUUUGAAGAGAACAAGCGCCAGUGGACCACCUUUUUCGACAAGUGUCGUGCGUUCAAGGCUCGAUCGAUGGAGUCGCUGAAACAGCUGGACGCGUUCAAUGCACGGUUGGAAGGAGCCUUGGGAUGGUUGGCAGGCAAGAAGGGUGAAAUCAAAGACACCACCGCACAGGGCCCGCUGGACACUAAGCAGCAGUGUUUGGAGUCGUUGAAGAAGUUGCGUGACGAUAUCCAAAGCUAUGGUGUUACUGUGAGUGGUAUUCUAGAGGAAAGCCAUCAGGUGAAAUCGAAGUUCGAUGUGAGUGGGAAGGUGGCACAGCUGCAAAAUGAAUACCGUGUUGUGGCAGGACUGUGUGCGGAUGCUAUUGCAAAGGCGGAAUCUACUUUGCACGAUCAAAGCGACUUCAAUCAGGCGUAUGAUGAGUUCGAACGGCUAUUGCGCAAAAACCUGGAGGGGUUGGAAGAGUUCCGCGUGCUGGUUGGCGAUCUGAGUGUGUUGCAGGAACGUCAGUUGCGUUUGAAAGAGAUCGCAUACAAACGGCUAGAUGACAGCAGUCCUUACGAAGAUCUAAUCAAUCGUGGUGAGAAACUGUACUCUUAUACGAGCCCCGAAGGUCGAGAGCUGAUUCGACAGAAGCUUGGAGCGAUACGGGAUCUAUGGGAUCGAUUCUCGGACGAGCUGAAUGCAGUAACGCAGCGUCUGGAUCAGUGCAUUCUUCAGUUUGGAGAGUUUUCCUUGCAACAGGAACAACUUUCAAAAUGGUUGAAGGAUAUUGAGAAAUCGAUGGAGGUUAACGCAGAGCUGAAGGCAAACAUACAGGACAAGCGUACGCAGUACCAGAAUCAUAAGCUCAUGCAUCAGGAGAUACUGUCGCAGGUGGGGCUGGUUGAAUCGGUUUGUGCAAAGGCGCAGCAGCUACUAACGUUGACGAAGGACCAACACUUGCAAAGCUGCGUCGUUUCGAUAAAGGAUACAUAUCAAGGAAUCGUGCGCAAAUCCGGUGAGCUGUUGGACAACCUGAACGCUUGCGUGCAAGUGCAUCAAAACUAUGUAACUGCAUGUAGCAAACUCCGUAGCUGGAUCAAUGAAGAAAAGGAUAAGGUGUUCUGUUGCGAGGAAACGGGCGGUGAAAAGAAUGAAAUCAACAAACGCAUCGAAGCCCUCAGCAAUCUGAAACUCGGCAAACCGAAGGGUGAUGAACUGCUGAACGCGCUGGUACAGUGCUUUGAGGCAAUGAAGGAAAGUACGUCCGCCGCGGGUAUUGGUAUGGUAGAGCGCGAGAUUGGUGAGCUGCGUAAUGACCUGGCAAGUUUGUAUGGGCAGAUUGAGGAAUUGAUCGGUAACCAGCGCAAAUCUCUUAGCGGUUGGAGUCAGUUCGAUCAAGAUUUGGAUGCACUUACGAAAUGGUGUCGCUCUAUGGAAGGAAUUUUCCGCGAGCAGCAGCUGUACGAUUCGCUUGAACGCAAACAGCAGCAACUGGAGGUGUUCCGCAAGAAUCAGGAAGCAAUAAGUGAGAAGCAGAAACAGAUCGAUGAUUUUGUAACCAUGGCCCAGGCUCUCUUUACGAAGACCGGUGUAGAGAAAAUAAAGUUCUACAUAAACCAGCUGAUCAAUCGCUACCAGCUGUUGCAAGUACUGAGCAAGGAAGUUGCUAAUCGUGCCCAAAAUAUCGUGAACGAUCAUAAAAAUUACCAAGAACGAUAUACCGAAUGUGCAGCUCGCCUUCAGGAGGUUGAAAAGGAUCUGGAAGCGUUGGGUCAUGAGAAGCUGGGGACAGCCAACCAGUCGAAACUGCAGCAGUUGGAGAUUGAAAAGGAGAGGUUUGAGAAUAAUCUUACCAGCUUGGUAACGGCAAGUGAAAAAGUGUUGCCCGAAACAAACACCCAAGGGCGGGAGAAGAUCCGCGAGGAAGUGCGUCAGUUGAAGGAUCGGUGGGAUCAGAUCAUUGCUGGGUUGAAUAAUCUGAAGAAACAACUUGACGUCCGUUCGAUCCAGUGGUCAUCCUAUCAGGACAUUUUGCAACAGGUGUUGAACUGGUUGGACGCUACCGAGCGUAAGAUUGAACCGAACGAAUCGCAGAGCUGGAAUUCCACGCAAGAGAUCCGCUCGAAGCUGUUCAAGUACAAGGCUAUUCUGCAGGAAAUCAGUGGCCAUCGGCGUAUAAUUGAUUCGUUGAAAGAGAAAGCCGAUUCGCUCGUUACGGAUGUGCAGAACGAAGAUAUCAAUGCGAAGGUGCAGUCCAUCACGGAACGGUACGAGUUGCUGAAAAAAUCGUGCAGUGAUUUGAUACGACGACUGGAACAAUCGCUGGAGCUGUGCAAUAAGUUUAAUGAAUUGCAGAAAUCCUUGCUCGACGAGCAGGACUAUCUGUUCGGUGAACUCAAGCAGCUGUCCGAUGUGUCCGGUAAUAAGCGAGCCGUGCAGGAAAAGGUACAAAAGAUCGACGAUUUGCAGCAAGCAAACGGGAAGAUGGAGGAAAAGUUCAAGAAUCUCGCCAAACUCAUAUCCGACAAUGGGGAUCUGAUAUCGUACGGCGCGAAAACGGUAAUGGAGCAAGAUCUGCUUAAGAUGAAGGGAGACUUUGAAAAGUUUGUCGCGUCGAUUCGCGACGCUCGCGUGGAAUUGCAGAAGCGAAUGCAACUGUGGGACGAUUAUCAGCGCGAUCUCGAUCAGAUUGGAGCAUUUUUGGCCGAGGUGGAAGACACGAUGCGUGGCUACACGCUGAAGAGCAGCUUGAACGAGAAGCAGGAGCAGCACGAGUAUUAUCAGGCAUUGUUGGGACGCCUGAAGCAAAAUGCGCUUGAGUUCGAUAAGCUGCUGGACAAAUCUUCCGAGUUGCUGCAGAGCAGUGGCGAUACGAAGAUAUCAUUCAACAUGCAGCAGUUGAAAUCUCGCGCACAGUCUGUAGAGGGUACGGUGAAGGAAUUGGCUAAGAAGUGCGAAUGUGCCUACAACGACCACAAACAGUACCGCAAGCGAUACGAUGAGUGUGACAAAGAGCUGGAUGAGAUUCGGGAUGUGUUUGAUGCAUGCCGUAUGCAGCAUGCCCAAAGCAUACAGAGCUCAAGCCAACAGCCGGAUCCACAAGCAGUACUUGGCACGAUUCAAACGCUACUUGCAAAGCACAACAUGGUAACCGUGCAGUGCAACGCGGUGUCCGACAGUGGAGAGCAGCUGUACGCGACGACAGCGUCCAAGGGUCAACAGAUGAUACGAAGCGAAAUCCAGGAGCUGACCGCAAAGUGUGAACGUUUGUUUGACGAAGUCAAUGAGUACGCGCGUUCGUAUGAGGGUCGUUUGGCAAAGCUGUCCGGAUUUAUGGAGAAGGCCGAUCAGCUGCAGGAGUGGCUCAAUAAUGUUGAGGGGCAGCUGGGUCGUGGCAGUCUCAUACUAAAGCCAACACUGGAUGAAAAGUGCGCUCAGCAGCAGGCCUAUGCGGAGUUGUUGAAUGACAUUAAAAACCACCGACCAGAGCUGAAUAAUGUACGUGAUCUGGUUGACAAUAUGCAGGAGCGCCAUCCAAGCAUUGAACGGCGAAUGGCUGAGCUGGCCAGCAAGUAUGAAGAAUGUUUGGAAAAGGCACAAAGCUACGGCGACCAGUACGAUCGUAUCGUACAUAACCACCGGCAGUACUGUAAGGCCGUGAUGGAAACGCAAGACUUUAUCGAUGCGAAUCACAACACGGUGGAACUGUGGGGUGAAACCGAUCUGGAUCAAGUAUCGCUAAUGACCAAUGUGGAUCGUUUGACGGAGCUGAAGAAAUCCAUCGUGGCAGAACAGAAUCGCGUCGAGCAGAUUCGAACACUCGGUGAAGCUACCAUUCCCGAUACGAGUGAUGAGGGACAGGCCAACAUACGCUCGCAGAUUGAUAUUUCGCAGCAGGAGUGGGAAGGUUUGCUGGCCGCCAUUGAUACCACGAUGGACGGUAUACGCGGCAAGAUGACGGAAUGGAGUGAUUACGAGAAGAUUCGCACGGACUGCAUGAAUUGGAUGCGUGAUAUCGAUGCGAAGAUCCACUCGGUCGACUUGAAAGCGACUCUGAUCGAUAAAAAAGCCACCUUGGAUUACCUGAAGAGCUUGCAGGGCGAGGUGAAGGCGAAGGAGCUGGAAAUUGACAACUUUACCGAGAAGGCUCAACAGCUGUAUCGUGGUUAUUUGAGCAGUCGCAAUUCUCAAAUAUCUGAACUGGCGGUGAAGUAUCAGCAAACAGCUAGUCGAAUCAAGGAACUGGUUGGCCGCUGGCAACAAUACGUUAUUCAACAUCAAGAGCUGGAGACCCGCAUUGGUGAGCACCGCGAUUGGUUGAACAGUGUGCGGGAAAAGUUGAACUACUGUGCCGAUCUUUCGAGCACCUCCGAGAAAGAAUUGCAAAGCAAGCUGAAGCUCGUGCAGGACAUGAUCGUAAACAAAGAAGACGGUUCCGCACGUUUGCAGACGAUCGUGGAUCUUGCACAGCAGGUGCUGGCCUGUACUACGCCUUCCGGACAUGAAGCGGUGAAUAAGGCGGUAGCAGCAUUGCAAGAAGAAUGGUCUUCGCUGGCUUUACGCAUGAUCGAUAUCCGUGCGAACCUGGAUGAAGCUAUUAACCAGUGGUCUGGCUUUUUGGAUCAGGUUAACGAUCUGAAGCGAAAUAUCGACUGGAUGGAGAAUGAGCUGAGCGGGUUCAUCGAGUUCCAGGCAACAAUGGCAGACAAGCGGGCACAGCUGGAGAGAAUCAAGAAUACCGAAGAGAAAAUCCGCCUCGAGAAGAUCGAAAUCGAACCAUUGAAGCAAAAAACUGCCGAGAUGGCAGCUUCUGGUCAGCAGUCACAGGCAGCAGCAACGGCACAGCAGAUUCUGAGCAAGUUUGACUAUUUGGCCGAAAAGAUAAGCAAGAUAUUAACCGAUCGCGAGGAUCAGUACCGUGACCACCGGCUGUACAAGGAAGCUUACGAUGAUUUGUUCAACUGGAUCAGCCGUGCCAGAGAGAAGCUACCAUGCGUGAAACAACAGUCGCUGAGCGAUAAGCUGACGAUGGACAGUGCAAUUGCUCCGCUGGAUGCGCUAAUGAACAAAAAAGCCCAAGGUGAGUUGCUGGUGGAGCAUUUAGUCCACACCGGCGAGGUGGUAAUGGCUUCAACGUCCGAGAAAGGCAAGGAAGCGAUUCGUAGCGACAUCAACGGAUUGAAGGCUAACUUCGAGUCACUGUUCGGCGACAUAGACAAGCAGAAGCGUGAUCUAGAGAAGACGCUUAACUUGCUGCGCGAGUACAAGGAGGAGUACGAACGCUUGUCCGAAUGGUUGCAGCAGGUGGAUAUUUUGGUGAAAAACCAUAAGCUCGCCAUGUGCUCGAACUUGGGCGAAAAGGAAAAGCAAGUACGCGAGAUGCGCGAGCUCAUCGGUAAGCUUGAGAAGGGUCAGGUAGAGAUGGAUAAAUUUAACGCAUUCGCGGCACCACUCCUGCAAUCGCAUCUUGACACAUACAUCGGCAAUCAGUUGCGCCAUCUGAACUCACGCUACCAGGUACAGGUAAAUCUGGCAAAGGAUGUACUGAAGAAGGUAGAAACCAACCAUGAUCUGCACCGUGAAUACAAGGAUAAUCUGACCAAGGCAAACAGUUGGAUUGAGAACGCCAAGGAAAUUGUACGCUACUCGACUGAAAAUGUAGACAGUGUGAGCAAGGACAACCUGGAGAAACGGUUGGAGAAGAUAGUGGAACUUAUACAGCAGCGCGAACAAGGUCAACAUCUAGUAAACGCGACUGUCAACACUGGGGAGAAGGUUGUGAAGAGUACGAAAUCUGAUGGCAAGGAAGUGAUAAACGGUGAGAUUAAGGACAUCCAAACCAACUGGGAUCGACUGGUGAAGCGCAUGUCCACCGCCAAAGUACAACUCGAAACAAAUCUUCUGCAGUGGGCAGAUUACAGCUCGAGCUACAAUCAUCUGCAGCAAUGGAUUCAAGAUCGCGAAAGCAAACUCCAACAAGUGUGCGAACAGAAAGUCGUACGCUUCCGCCUGGGAGGUACGUCCAGCAGCUUGAGCAGUGGUUUGAAUGAGCGUCGUGCGAAUCUGCGUCAAGCCAACGAUAUCGUGCAGGAUAUUGUGAGCUUCGAGCCGAUGAUUCAGUCGGUAGCAAGCAAAGCGUCGGAUCUGCGUCAAACAUCACCCGCCUCGGAGAUAUCGAACAAAUACGAAACCCUCAGCAAGCAGGCCAAGGAGCUGUUUGAAAAGCAAAAGGAAACAGUCGAACUGCACCAGGCGUUUAUUGAUGCAAGCAAUGAGUUCGCUGCCUGGAUACGAAACGCCAAGGAGUGUCUCAACAAGUGUUCCGAUUCGCGUGGCGAUAAGGAGACGCUCGUUUCGAAGAUGACACAGCUGAAGAUCCUGGACAACGAUGUACCGGUCGGCCAGAAGAAGCUGGAAAAGGCACUCGAACAGGCGGAAGUUGCCUGCCGCAAUGUGGACACCGAAGAGGUGGAAGCGAUCGAGAAGGAGGUAGCUAUUUUGCAGGAAGAGUUCGACAACUACUGUCUGGCGCUGAAAAAGAUCAGUGGUGCACUGGAGAACGGAAUCGUGCGCUGGACUGAGUAUGAUGAUCAGUAUGGCGUGGCACUGAAAUGGUUGGAUGGCAUCGAGCAGGAAGUGCAAACGUACAACAAAAUGCAGGCCAACCUGCAGGAAAAGAAGCGCGUACUGGAAGAGUUCCAGGACAAGCUGCAAACACUGUUCGAUUGGCAACGUGAGCUGGACAGUUUGAACAUGCGCGCUCAGGUGUUGUUGGAAAUUUGUGCUGAUACACGCAUCAGCAACGGAGUGACACAGCUUACCACUAAGUACAACGUGCUGCUGUCGAUUGCGAAGGAGAUUAUGCGCCGCCUCGAGCUGCACUACCAGGAACACCAGCAGCACAACACGCUGUACGGAGAGUGUCAGGAUUGGUUGGAUAGGAUGCGGGAGAAGCUGAACGAAUGCGAAUCCGUACCGCAUACUGUGGCAGAAACACAAUCCAAACUGAACAUUGUUAAAGGAAUCCGACAGUCGUUGGAACAGGGUCAGAACAAGUUGCGAUAUCUGAUCGAGCUGAAGGAGAAAAUUGUGCUCAGUACGGAAGCAAGUGGUGCGUCAAAGAUUGAGGAGGAUACGGAAAAUUUGAAGACCGAAUAUGAAUCGCUGAUGGUGGACAUAACCGAAACACGCCAACGGCUCACAAACCACCUCGCACAACUUGAAGACAUUGGCAAACUGUCGCGUAUGUUGGCUGAAUGGGUGGAGGAGGUGCAAAGCAAACUGGACGCUGGCGAGACUAUGCAGAACGAGCUGGCCGACAAGCGUGUGCUGCUGGAGAAGUAUCGCGCCAUUCACCGGGAAACUGGAAACUACAACGAGGUGGUUGACAAGAUUAAAUCCAAAAUGACCGAUAACGCUAACAUUGACGUGGAAGAGUUCAACAAGAUUCUGACCGAUUACGAUGCGAUCGUCGCAAAGGUUGUGCUGGAGAUCGAACGACUGGAAAAUCAGGUCAACAAUCACGAACGGUUCAAGCAAGCGUUGGGUGAGCUGUACGAGUGGAUGAAAGCUACCCGCCAGACCAUACAACAAUCGUCCGAUUUCCACGGCGACAAAGAGCAUAUUGUCGGUCGGAUUGAGAAGCUGAAGGCAAUAGAGCUAUCGUUCUCGGAAGGCAAGGUGCUGCUGGAAAAUACUGCCGACAUGGGCAACUCCCUGGCAGCGAUCAGUGGCCAAGAGGGACAGGCAGCGAUCAAACAGGAAAUACUGCAGACGCGCGCAGAUUGGGAUGAGCUCGAGGAGCUGGCACGAACCUCCAGACAGACGCUGGAAGAUUGUCUAGCAUCGUGGGAUAGCUUCCUGGACAAGUCGGAAACGCUGGGCACCUUCCUGGAGGAGUACAAUGUGAAAGUAAAUGGAUACGGUGCAAGCGAAGGAACUGCAGAUCAGGCAGCUGUACUUAGUGAACUAAAGCGCAUUCAGGAUUUGAUUCUGACGAAAAAGAGUACCGUCGAAGAGUUGAACGAUGUUUGCGAAGCACUUAUGGAGAAGAGUGCAUGUUCGACGGUUCGCGAUCGUACAGUCGAUCUGCAAAAGAGCUACUCGACAUUGCUUGGAAAAGUGCAAGGAUUUAUCACAAAACUAGAGAAAAACCUCGUUAGUCAUACCGAGUUCAUAUACUAUAAGGAAGAAAUCAACAAGUGGUUGAACGAUGCCAAUGCAACGAUUAAAAAUUGCAGCGAUGUUGCAGCAGAUGAUGUGCUUGUUAUCAGGCAGAAGGUGGUACAGCUGCAAGGACUAUCCAACUCAAUCCCGCAGGGUCAAAAACUGUUCGAGAUGUUGCAAGAUUCUUUCACCAAGUCGUCCUAUCUUUAUCCGGAGGAUAAGCAAACAACCAUGUUCCAGGACAUUUCCGAUAUCCGUGACUCGCUAGAUACGGUUAUCAUCGGUAUCAGCUCGUCAUUGAACAACCUGAACGCACAGGCCAGUCGGUUGGAGUCGUACGAGGAGUUAAAACGACGCAUUAACGAGUGGUUAGCUACAACCGAGGGUGUGUUCGAGACACUCCCCGAAACGCACGGUGAGAUGACGGAGGUGAAGACAUUACUCGAGCGCCUGAAGCACAUCCAAACGGAGAUAUCGUUCAAACAGACGGACCUUGAGAACCUGCAGCAAGAGGCGGCAAACCUCUUUGACGUGAACAAGUGUUCCGCCGAGAUGGAGCGUGUAGCUAGCCUGCAGUCCCGUUGCACUAAGCUCAGUGAAAAAUGUUCGUAUCAAAUCCGUAAGCUCGAGACAGAGUUAGACGAUCAGAUGGCAUACUAUCAGAACCUGCAGGAAAUAGAAAAGUGGUUGCUGCAGAUUUCGUUCCAACUCAUGGCGCACAACUCGUUGUACAUUUACAACCGAGAGCAAACGCUGGAACAGAUUGCACAGCACGAGAAGCUGCUGGAUGAGAUACAGCGUUAUCAGGUGAAUAUUGAUGACUUCAACGCCAAGGGCCAAUGUCAGAUCGAACGAUACAUUUUGAAAGCACCAGCCAUUAAGAGUCGCAUUGAAACGCAAAUGAAGAACAUUCGCGACAGCUACAACUCGUUGCUGAAUACAUCGGUACAGAUUAAGAACAGGCUGCACGAUUCGCUCAACAAGUUUCAAGAGUACGAAGAUACGCUGGAUGACAUCAACCGACAGCUUGAUGAGAUGGAGCCACUGGUCGCGGAAGAACGGUUGCUUGAAGUAGUCGAUUACGGCGUCGGUCAGUCGCAGCUAGAGAAAGCACAAGGUAUACACAACAAGCUGCAGGUGGAGAAGAGUCGUCUAAUGUUUGCCGUGCAGGCUUGCGAAGCAGCGACAGCCAGCAUCAGCAGACCCAGCUCCCCGAUGGACAACGUUUCGCAGAUGAUCCCGGAGAAGGAGCUUAUGGUCCGAGCGCGCUUAGAAGACCUUAUCGAUGAUGUACAGCAGUGGAUUGCGGAACUGAUUGCCUCAAUAAACGAUUGUGAGCGUCAGCACAAGCAAAAGGUCGAGCUGGAAAACUGGAUCCAAAAACAGAAGGCAAUCGUGGCCGACUGGGGUUCCAAGCCGUGCAAGUUCAGACCGGAAGCUGCGGAACAGGAAUUGCGUGCAAUGAAUGAACUGUCGCGUACCAUCACCGUCAAGCGAGAUGAUUUGCAGGGUGAGACGGAUCAGGACCAUCGUUUGCGCGAGGAGCUCGAGAAGCUGCAGGCAAGCUUGAAAAAGGUGAUCGACCGCAAGAAGGAUGACCAGCUGGCGAUUGAGAAAUAUCGUAAGAACUACGAAGACGUACAGGGUUGGCUGGAUGCGAUAACGAAUCAGAUCGAUAAUGUUGAGAAAGGUGGUGGUCUGAGCUGCAAACAGAAGCUGGAAAAAAUAUCCAACAUUAAGCGCAUUCUGGAGAACGACAGUGAGAUGAUAUCCAACUUUAAACGCAAUGGGGACCACAUUGUAGAGCUGGUGAGCAAUCUCGAUGCGCAGCAGGUGACCGAGCAACUGAAGUCUAUCGAUCGACGCUAUAACGACAUCACAAAGCGUUUGAAUCGUCGAUUGGACGUGAUUGAUUCUACCAACAAAAUGUUUGGCAAGCUGCGAAGCGACAUUGGUGAAUUGUCGCAGUGGGUGGUGGACAAGAACGGAUCGUUGGAUGUACCGUAUCAGCUAGGGUCGGAUACAAAAUCGGCUGAAAAUCAGCAGCAAACGUUUAAAUCGCUUUUGAAAGAAAUCGAAGGCAAGCAAUCGUACGUCGACACACUGGGCAAGAGAUUUUCGAGCAUCCAGUCUGACUUGGAACCGCACGAGAAGCAACAGCUCGAAGUGGAACUGCAGACAUUGAUGAAGAAUGUGGGUCUGCUCGGCGAUCGAGUGCGUGGCGAGCUCGAUAAGAUUGUGGAAGACAUCCUGUGCCGCAAGAACAUGCACAACAAUCUGGACGUUACGCGCGCAUGGAUCAAAACGAAACAAAACGAUGUGAACAAGAUUUCGGAUCAGAUACCGCUGCUGUCGAGUAACGUGAACUCGGAGAUCAAGCUGUGCCAGCGCCAUGCACAGACGAUUCGGGAGUUUGAGGAAAAUGCCUUCAGGGACGUAUCGAAGCAGGUACGCGAAAUUAUGAAGGACUGUAGCGACGAAGGUAAGGCAAAGCUGGCUCAAGAAUUUGGCGACAUUGAGGCCAAACUAAGGGAGCUGGUGGAGAGCUGCUCCCGGAAGAUCGAGUUCAUGGAGCGCGAGCAUGGCAAGCGGCGUGAGUUCGAGGGUCGCAAGGAUCGCGUGUGGAACUGGUUGAACGAGGCGGAAUCGAUCGUAUCCGCCGAUAUCCGUACCACGAGCUACGAGAUAUUGAAGGAUCAGAAGCAAAAGUUCGACAAGUUGUGCAAAGAGUGCGAAGUGAUGAAAGGUGCCGUGAAGGAAGCGGAAGAUUACAAGAGUGCCAUUCUGCCUACGCUGAACGAACUGGACAAGACGAACAUCAACAAUCAGGUGAAGGUGAUGCGCGAAAAGUGGAACGCUAUCAGCAAUGUGCUGAAGGUGAAGUGCAAAAAGCUAGAAGACCAUCUAGUGGAGUACGAAGAUGCGAUCGCGAAGAUUCAGGGUUGUGCCGCGUUUAUUGUGCAAGUGCAGAGCCGGUUGAAGGAAAUGAAUCGGCCAGUGACGAGCAGGAUCGAAAACAUACAGGACUUCCUGCUGGCCUACGAGCAGAUUCUGGGCAGUUUGAAGGACAAGCGGUUGGAAAUGAGUACGAUACUGCUGACUAACUUACCGCAACUGCGGGAGAACUCGUCGAAGCUGGAGGAAAUGAUUAUGGGAAUCGAGGAGCAACUACGCCGGCUGAAAGCGAUGCUGCUGUUGAAGGAGCAGUUUAUCGGUGCAAUCAAUGACAUCGUGAAGUUGAUUGCAAAGAUCAACACUGACUUUAACACGGUGGAUAACUUUAGUCCCACGGUGGAUGACCGACUCUUGCGCUACGGUGAAAUUCUUCAGAACAUCGAAGAAUGCGAAGGUCUGUUGGUAGCUGCCACCGACAAGGGUCACCAAAUUGCGAGCGAUGGUACCGAUCUGGAUCGGCACAACAUUAUGGAUCAGAUCCAUUCGCUGCAGCAGCAACUAGCAUCGAUUAAAAGAUCGAUCGAGCUGGAGCAGGAUAAAUAUCAGAAACAACGAGCGUACCACAAGACCCUGUCAAACGAUUUGUUCGCGCUGGUAGAUUGGUUUAAGGAUAACGACGAGCACAUCAGGUCACGUCCAUUGUUCGGGUUGGAUUUGAAGAUGGCCGAUCAGCAGCAUAGUGCUCACAUUGCGCUGGCUGGCAAGGCGAACAUAAACCUAAAAAUGAUUGAAGAUCUACUGGCAAAGCUGGCGCACAGUGACAGCAAACUGCCGGAAGACCUACAGGAAAUGGUCGACCGUGCGCGAGCACUGCAUGAAUCGAUACCGCAGGAGUUGACGGCCCGGGAAGCGUAUCUCACACAGAACCGUCAGUAUCGUUUGGAGUUCCGCGAUAGUAUGGAGCGCGUUAAGAAGUGGCUCUCGGCGGCGGAGAAUCGAUUUGAGCAUACGAAAACGUUCAGCUUCGAUCAGGAGAAGAUUACGGUGGCGUUGAAAGAGUUGGAAGACUUCUUGCAUGGUGAGGCGGAGAUUCGUACGUUGCUGUACAGCGGCAUCCAGGAACAGGCGGAUCGGUUGUGGAAUUCGUUGAGUGAAACCGACCAAAAUCAGUGUCUCGGUGAACUGCAGCAGUUGAAAAAUCGUUUGAGUGAUGUGUCGCAUCGUGCCGCGGUGCAACAGACGGAACUGUUGUCGAACAGUGAUCUGGUGAAAUCGUACAAAAAGCAUUCGAGUGCGGUGAACAAUGUGCUUGUGAAGAGUAAGCUGGACGAUACGAUUCUGACCAUCCCGACUCUGCCGGCCCGCAUUGAUCACAUCAAUGUGUUGCUUAACAUGCUGCAGGUGCAGCAUAACGAGCUCGAUAUUCUGAACGAACUAUCGCAAAAGAUAGUGAACCGUGCGGAUCAGUACAAUCGGGACCGGGUGCAGAAGGAGAACGCCGACGCAAACCGCCAGUGGGCCAGCAACGCAUCAUUGUUGGAAAAUUUGCGCGAAAAUCUCGUCCAGCUGCAGCAGCAGUGGGAUCAGCUGGAAAGCAUCCUGCAGGAGCUGGAGGUGAAAUCGAACCUGCUGCUGGAGAAGGAUCGGGGAUUGGAUUUGGUGGUACAUUCACGCGACCAAACCGAGGCCAAGAAGCACAUUGUCGAGAACUUGCUGGAAGACAAGUCCGCCCUUGGUCAGCUGAACACGAAGGCGAACGCACUCGCAAAAACGCUCAUCAAAGCCCUGCGCGAACAGAAGCUACUGCCGCAAUCACUGGAAGAAAAGCUAACGCAUCUGAACGACAUCAACACACGACUUUCGGACAACCUUACGCGAAAGGAACGUCAACUGCGGGAAAUUCUCGGCGAGCUGCAACACUAUCUGGACCAGAUCGGUGAGCUAGCCCAGCGUAUCGAGUCGGUGCGGAAGGAUCUCACCCAGAUCAACCCAUUCGACGAACGGCUCUACCAGACGGACAAGGCACUCGGUGCGGUAAGGGAAGCGGCCGAGAACUGUAGCGUCCAGCGGGAGGAUCUUCGCCGGCGUAUCAACGAGAAGUAUCUGCCGGUGCAGAAGUUCGUACCGCAGGAUCUGAAGGACGGGCUCGAACUGCUCGAUCGCUCGCUAACCGCCAUAAACAGCACGAUGGAGGAUUACCACGGCGCGUACAAGAAGGCGAAAACCAUCCGCACGGACUACUUCACCGUGUACGAUCGCAUCAAGACGUGGAUCGAAAACGCGGAGCUAACCAUCUCGAACCAUGGCAUCGAUCCGAGCGAGCUGAAGAGCAAGCUGAUCGUGCUGAUCAACGAGUUUGACGAUAUGCGCACGGCGCACGACCAGCUGGUAUUCAAUGGGAACGAAAUUAUGCGCCACUGCACGGAAUCGAGCGAUCGUACCGCGACCAAGGCAAACAUGGAUCAGCUGGCGCACGAGCUGGACAAAACGAUCGCACUGAUCGAGCAGAAGAACCAAACGGUCGAUCAGAUCCUGGGCAAUUGGGCCAACUUUAUGCGGCUGUAUCAAUCCGUCGUGGAUUGGUCGAUAAAAAUACGCGCGCUGUUGGAGCGCAAGCUGCAGCUAAACACGCUGCACGAGGCACAGCUCGCCUGUCAGAAUUAUUCUGGCGCAGUUAGCAGUCUUGCGGACGUAUCACAGAAUUUGAGUGAAAUGAAUCACGAGUUCGAUAAAAUUAACGAAGUUUGCUCGACGGCUUAUCUGAAGGGCAAACUACACGAAGCCGAAACUGUGAAAAUCGACAUCGAAACAGUGUUGUUUGAAAGGAAUCUGUUCCUUCACGAAACGACGGAAGAGUGGCAGCAGUACGAGCGGAAGAUUGAGAGCGUGAAGGAAUGGAUAAAGGACUCCUACCAGGCCUUGAAUUCGAGCGAGCUGAAGAGCAAACCGUUGCGCGAUCAGCUCCGAAUUUUGGAGCAGAUGCUGGCGGACAUAUCGGCUCAAAAGAUCAAGGUCAACAUGUCGCUAGAAAAGUUGCAGGUUCACUUCCAUUCGGACAUCAUCUACACGGACAAUCCGAACAUCGUACAGUGCGGCCGGGCCGUGAUGGGCGACCUGGACAAGCUGAACCUGGACGUGUUCCAGACGACGCAGAACCUGGACCAGGCCCUGUCGCAGAUCGAGGGUUGUCAGGCGGAAAUGCAAACGAUCCGGCAGCGGAUCGUGCACGAGGAACAGCAGCUCCGGAAUAUCUUAUCACCAUUGCACCAAUCGAGCGAUAGUGAAAAGCACGAACAGGACCGUUCGAUGCCGUAUGAUUGGAGCGUAGAGUGUUACGAUCAGGAGGCAAGCGCACCAUCGACGACGGAUGUACGGGAUGCAAGGCGCCAUACCGACACCCGCUCGGGACCGGAAGCCCCAAUAGCACGGUCGCAGGCCGGCCGAAGUGUGGUGGUUGUCACCGCAAGCACUCAGCCAGUGCCGUCCGCGUGGAGUAGAACCGGUGAUGGUGACGAUCUGACUUAUGCGGAAAUCGUUGCCGGACUUCGACGUCAGCGUCAGCGUGGUUACGAUCCACCGCUACAUGUGAUUGAAAGACGCACCGGGCAACGCAAUGUGACCAACAUCUCGAUCACGAGUCCGGUACAGCACAGUGACCGAAAUGUUUCGGACGCUGUUGUUUCAAUGACAUCUACAGUGCCAUCGUCUGCAGAAGCGAUCAAUAUUGACCAGUACCAAGCAGCUCGUACUGUGGUCCAGCUAACCGGGGCUAAUACGCAGGCUGUAGACGAACCGAUUGCCCGCGAGCCUCCAAAGGAACAACGCAAAUCCCGUAGACCACCUUCAACAUCUCCCAAACUACCGAUCCGUCCGCCAGAUACGAUCGAUUCCAUGACCUCAAGCAUCAUAAACGUGACCACAUUUGUUGGUGCUACCUCCACCCAGCCGGUGGUAGUUAUGACCACCGCGAAGGGACCGGAACUAACGCAGCCCGAGGUAGCGAGCAUUGGGUCCGCAGGACCCGCAUCGGUAUGGUCUUUUGGAAAUAAGACCUACGCAGAAGUGUUGAAAGAAAUAGCCGCAUCUAAUCAAUAUCGCAUGCAACAGCAACAACAACAGCAGCAAGAAUUUCUACAGCCAUCGUGGAGUGAAAGCAGCUACCACCAGCAAGGUGCUGUUGGAAAACAGCAUCCCGGUGCACCUGUUCGCCUUGGAGUACCUCAACCCUACGCCAACCGUUCCCGGUCGACGUCAAGAAAUCGUCGAAAGCCGGAAGCUGUGUCGCGUGUAAAUAUUGUACAUAGUGAAUAUCAACAAACGACACCAUCUAGUCAAGUGCAGCAAACGGUGCGUCCAGGAAAAGUGCAUUCAAGAUCGGCUUCCGUUAAAAGCAAUGCAUCGUCAACUACAACACAGGGAACUGGUGCGGGUGAGAAGAUGGCCAAGAAACAGGCUGCCCAGCAAAGUGUGACCGAUCGUAAGAAUGUUCGUGCUGCUGCUGCUGCUGCCGUCGUGAACGCAUCCGAACAUAGACCAUCCGAACAGAGUGAUCCGACCGAAAACAUCAACUACAGAAAGGCGAAGAAGGGCAAGAUUAAGCAGAUACAAAGCAAGGAUGACAAGUUGCUACCAGUGCCGCAAGAACCGAAACCCGAGAAGCAACGGCAAGUGUUUGUGACCGAGAUCAAUGUGAACAAAUCCGAAACGCCCGCCAGACAAUCCGCCAGCCCGAUGAAAACAGUGUCCAUAGUGAAUCUAACCGAUCAGCCAGAAGUGAUUGCUAGUGCCGAGACGAAAAUAACGAUUAAUGUGAACGAACCGGUGCAGGCAGUUGCAGAGCUGAAGGAGACAGAGCCCCAGAAGGAACAUUACGUGACGCAGAUCCAGCUGGAUCAGCAAGCGGGUCAGCAACGUCAGCAGAUUCGUAAAAGUGCCAAAAAGCGUAAUAAAACCACCACCACUCAUAAGCUGCUGGACAUUAGCAUGAGCGAACCGGUACCGGUACAAGAGCAGGGGAAAAACAUAUCGACUGUGGAGAUCGUUUCACCAAAGGAGAAAAAUGUGUCCGUAGUAGAUUUGCGUCCGUUGCAGGAACCGUUGACGGUAACGUCAAUCGAGUUGAAGGGCGAUGCAAUGGAAACGCUAGAAACGUACAGUAAGCAAAUAGAGCAUCGGCUUGAUGCGGAAAGUUUGCUGGAGCAUUCAAAAACCGUUGAUACAGCUGCGACGAAAAGCACCAACGUGGUGCAAGAUCCCAGCAUAUUUACUGAGGAAAUCGUUCAAAUUUCCCAACCGUACGUUACGAUUGAUCGACGUGAAACGGAAGAGUCUGUACAACAAACCGAGACGGUGAGUUAUCAUCGCUCGGAGGUGUCGUUUACUACCGUGACUGAAACUGUGCAUGAGGAGAUUAACGUUGAACACAAAUCGAACUCAAAAGAGAGCAAUGCUAAAACGUUCACUUCAUCGUUACACAUUGAACAGGCCAAUGUUGAAGAAUCGAAUACAGAGAAUGUGGCUCCAUCAACAGAUAUUCGCGAAACAAAUGAAUUAAGCAAACAAGACGUUAAGCAGACAGUUGUAGAGAAUGUGGCUAACGAAAGUGAAAUUUGGUGUCCACCAACAAAGAAAAAGGGCAAAAAGAAACAAUCCAAGAAGACGGAUAAGACAAACGAUGAUCAACCAGACGAUGCAACUAGCAGUCGGCGGACGAUUGAGCAAAAAAGAACAGAAUUUGUCAGAUCAAUGCUUACCGAAACAAUGGAUGAGACUAAUGACAAAGUAUCUGAUACAAAACCGAUCGUUGAGUGUACAUCGAAUGCCAUUACUGCACCAAUUGCACCUUCAGCAGAGGAGGUGAUUCUCAUGAGUGCUCGAGAAGAAUCAUUUUUAGCAAACAUUAGUGAACCAAUAUCUAAUGUUUAUCUGGCUGAGGAAACUAUCGUUAUAAAAGCAGAAGAAGAACCGUUCUCAGCUGAUAGGAGUGGUCCUAUUUCCAAUGUCGUAACGGAUGUUACAUGUCAUGUAAAAGAUCUGCCAAUUCAAAGUCACCUCUCGUCGGAGGAAGUAGCCCUUAUGAACGCUAGAGAAGAAGCAUUCCUCACGGAAAUGAGUAGCCCGAUUGUUAAGGAAGAAACAGAAGUUGUAUCUCAAGUGAAUGAACCUUCAGCUCGUAUUGAUCUUUCGUUGGAAGAAAUCGAACUCAUGAACGCCAGAGAAGAAUCGUUUUUGGCCGAGAAUAGUACGCCAGUAGAGAAGCAAGAACGAUCUCAAGUGGAGGAACCUUCGGCUCCGAUCGAUCUUUCAUCGGAUGAAAUUGCGCUUAUGAAUGCAAGAGAAGAAUCGUUUUUGGCAGAAAUGGCUGGAUCAACUGGAUCACAGCUUGAGAUCAGAUCGAAAUCUACCAACAUGUCGAAGCCAGUUGGACCUUCAUUCGAGGAAAUGCGUAAUCAACCGUCAACUAUCGAAUUAGAAGUUAAAAUAGAAACAAAACCAGAUCCUGUUUCAUUGACACCUUCAGCAGAGGAGAUAGCGCUCAUGAACGCAAGAGAAGAAGCGUUCCUGGCUGAGAUGAGUGUACAAGCUUCUAAUGAAGCAAUGAAUGCUGACUCUACAUUCAAGGACAUGUCCGUUUCGGUUGGACCAUCGGUGGAGGAAAUAGCUGUGAUGAAUGCAAGAGAAGAAGCAUUCUUGGUUGAGAUGAGUGGUGUAGCUUCUCGUGCUGACUUAGAAAUUGUAGCAAAACCAGACCUUGAUUCAAUGACACCUUCCGCAGAAGAAGUAGCACUCAUGACCGCAAGAGAAGAAUUAUUUUUGGCUGAGAUGAGUGCAUCAGAGCCCAUAGAAAUUUUGGAAACGCCUGUUGCACCUUCAGCAGAAAAGUAUGCGUUAAUUACCGCUGCAGUCGAAAUGAGUGCUCCAAACACAACGACCGACUUGAAUGUGAAUGUAGAAAUGAAAGAAGUAUCUAUUACGGCUGAAAUUACAGCAGAAGAAAAAACUCUCAUGAAUGCAAGAGAAGAAUCAUUUUUGGCUGAUGUUAGCAAAGAAGCAGGCUCAAGUUCUGCAGAUCGUGUGAUGUUCAAUGCAGAAAAAACGGUGCUAGAAGAAAACCAACUUGACGCAACGACCUCAAUCUCUUCAACGGUCGAUGAGCCUCUCGCACCGUUGGUCAAAGAACGUAGCACAACCAAUCCAUCAGUGGCAACUGAUACUGGUGAUGAAUCGGCUUCAACUUUUCUUAGCUCCAAGCAUACCGAAACAACGACCCUCGCAACCGGAAAGAGUCCAAAGAAAAAGCAAAAAGAUAAGUUUAAGAAAAUCAAAAAAUCAGACGCCGCAAAUAUGGCAGCAUUCCUUGAAGCGGAACGGAAAGUGUUCGAGGCAGAAGAAGCAGCACAAACCCAACCUGCCCCACCGGACCCGAGAGCACGUGAUCAAACGUCACCGGGAAUGAGCUCCAUUACGAAGGAGCAGAUUGAAACAAUAAUUGUGGGCAUUAAUUUUGAGCGGCAAAAAUCACUCACCAGCGCAAAUGAUUCCGAAGCAAACGUUGGUGCGGCAAUCCCACUGUCUACGGUCGAUACAUUCGUGAAUAUGCCCGACAGCCCAGUGAAGGGUGUCAAAGAGUUCCGAAGCAAUUUGGUGUUUGAGGAUUACGAUUUUAUGCAUCAAUCUCCGGUGAAACGAUCUCAUGAAAUGGACCGUAUCGAUGGCAAAGGUGGUCGCGCUAAAGAGGGCAAGUUUAAGCCACUGUUGGAAAGCAUUCCUUCCGAUGCGGAUCUUUUGGGUAAAGGUGACAGUCAUGAAAAAUCUACAAAGGAAAUUGAGUCCACUGUCCCCGGCAACGCAACUGGCAAGAUCACUACAACGGAACCUAGCAAUCAAGAAAGUAUGGAUAUAGACUCGGGCAAGGAAAACAAUGAUCCCGUGCAAAGGAUUGUGAUCAACUCCAAGUGGCGCGACAACCGACAGAAGAUCUCGAUGAUAACACACGAGGAAGUGUUGUUGCAACCGGUUUCACAUAUAAAAAUGCAGCUACCCAAAAUCAUUGCGGCAAAGGUGGAGAAAGUGUCGGUUCCCGAAGUAAGGCCGGAUGUUGUACCGCUGGAACCGAUUGUGCAAGAAACACCAAAGGAAGAAUUUGUUGGUGUGGAUGAAGAACUAGUGCAUGACGAUAUUCAGAUCGGGCAAGUAGCAACAGAAGUUUCCAUGCUGGACAUUUCACCUUCGAUCGUGUACGAAACACAAUCGGUGGAUGUGCUGGAGAAGGAAGCAUCUUUACCGGAGGGCACUGAUAUGGCGUCGGGAAUGGUGGUGGCUACGGAAGCAAAGCAAUCGAAUACGGUUUCUGAUACGGUCACUUUUGCCGAGCAGCAAUCUUCUAGUCAGGAAGUGUACACGACAACUACAACUUCUGUCAUGUAUCGUACGACAACGAUCACCUACAUGCAGUCGGACGAGCAGGAGGAAAUUAAUGAAAUCUACACAAGUCCCACGGUUGUUGAACAGCGUGUGAAAACGGUCACCACUCGGGACGAUCCGAAGUUGGACGUAUCGGUGUCAUAUUCAGAAGCGGAUCGAAGUAUGGGAGAUGAAGUGAUGGUGGAACGGAUCGUGAUUGAAAAAGACGAAACAGGCACUGUAGAUGAAACUGUUACAAGUGAAACUGAACCCGAUGAAAGUGUUCUGGAAUCAAAGCAACCACUAUUAGACAGUUCAGUGAUAUCAGAGGCAGAUCGUAGUAUGGGCGAGGAAGUGAUCGACACAAAGACAAUGAUCGUAUUGGAAGAAGGUGAAGGUGAUGAGGAACGGGUAGUGCGAGAGAUGUGUAAAGAAUCUUUCCAACAAGACGCGUCUUUUGAGGUGGCAAAACAAACUUCAUCGUCUGAAAUAACAACCAGUGCAAUCGAAGCAGUGCUGGAUAAUCCGCUUGAGCCGGAAUCGUCUAACGGACAGGGUUACUGGCAGUAUCAUGAUACUGAGAGACAUUACAUUCAGAACUUCGCGGUACAAUCUUAUGAUAAGGAGCAGGAGGUAAAACUUGUAGAAAGUACGGUUGAUGAACCCUCACCACCAAAAGCUGUAGAAGAAAGUAAUGUUGAGGGAUCUAACGUGGAAAAACGUGAUAGAGAGCUCGCCGAAAUCUAUCGUACCUUACAGCAGUCCUAUUUAAGUACGUGGCAGUUGCGUGAUGCCGAGAAUGAUUAUCAGAAACUAGAUGCAAGAGAGGCAAAUAGUAUAAAGGUAGAAAAGAUGUUGAUUGAACCCUCGUUACCUUCCAACAUACCAAUGGAAACUCUGGGUACUGACUUGACAGUUUUGGAUAAAAAAGCGGAACAAGAAAGCACAUUAACGAGUCAACUCGAAGUAAUGAAGAGCUUGGGACUGUCUUUAAAUAACAAUUGGCAUUUGCGAGAGGCAGAAAUGACCUAUGAAAAACUAAAAACUCAGGAAACGGCAAAAGAGUCUGAGACGGAAUGUGUGACAGAUCUAGAUGUACCGGCUCAAGUAAACAGCGAAUUGUUACCUUCGUUGGAUAGUAAUUUCAUCGAGCCACAGCAGAAUCCUCCUACUGAACAGUUCACUACAAAAAGUUCUUUAGGAGAAUUUAUGCUGCAAACAUCAAGAGAAGAGGAUUUGAAAAGCGCUUUGUACUAUGCAUCGGUCGAUUCCCAUGACACCCUGUUGCUUCGCGAUGCAGAGAAGAAAUAUGUUUUGCUAAGACAGAUUGAUACGACUAAGCCCGAAAAGAUAGAGGAUACCGUUUCAAUUCCCACCAGUUUGUCGGAUGAAAUCGAUGAACUUGCAUUACACGAUGCUGAAGAGCGGGAGCUUUUAAGCCUCUCAGCUAUGUCACAGGCAGGAACUUUGGAACAAGUUGGGUCUGAGACUGUUGUUGAAGACGAAGAAGUAACAUUUGACAAAACAUUGGACGUUGUUCUUUGCCCAGACAGCGAAGAACAGGAGCUUUUGAGAGUCUCAGCUAUGUCAAGAGUAGAAAACAUGGAAUCAGUUGUGCCUGAGACUGCUGUGGAAGAAGUGACAGUUUUUGACAAACCAAAGGAUGAAGUUACCUGUCUAGACACCGAAGAACAGGAGCUUUUGAAACUCUCAGCUAUGUCUAGAGACGAAAUCUUGGAACCAUUUAUGUCUGAGAUAACUAUGACAGAAAUGAUAGUAUGUGACACACAAUUGGAAGAAAUUUCUUGUCCAGAUGCCGAAGAACAGGAGCUUUUGAAACUCUCGGCUAUGUCAAGAACUGAAAUUGCGGAACCAGCUGUGCCUGAGACUGCUGUGGAAGAAGUGACAGUUUUUGACAAACCAAAGGAUGAAGUUCCUUGUCUAGACACCGAAGAACAGGAGCUUUUGAAACUCUCGGCUAUGUCUAGAGGAGAAAUCUUGGAACCAUUUAUGUCUGAGAUAACUAUGACAGAAAUGAUAGUAUGUGACAAACCAUUAGAAGAAAUUUCUUGUCCAGAUGCCGAAGAACAGGAGCUUUUGAAACUUUCGACUAUGUCAAGAACUGAAAUUGCGGAACCAGCUGUGCCAGAGACUACUGUUGAAGAAGUGACAGUUUUUGACAAACCAAAGGAUAAAGUUACUUGUCUAGACACCGAAGAACAGGAGCUUUUGAAACUCUCGGCUAUGUCUAGAGGAGAAAUCUUGGAACCAUUUAUGUCUGAGAUAACUAUGACAGAAAUGAUAGUAUGUGACACACAAUUGGAAGAAAUUUCUUGUCCAGAUGCCGAAGAACAGGAACUUUUGAAACUCUCCGUUAUGUCGAGAGGAGAAAUCUUGGAACCAGUUGUGCAUGAGACUGCUGUGGAAGAAGUGACGGUUUUUGAUAAACCAAAGGACGAAGUUGCUUGCCUAGACAGCGAAGAACUGGAGCUUUUGAAACUCUCGGCUAUGUCCAGAUCAGAAGCCUUGGAACCAGUUAUGGAACCAUCACACCAUGUUCCUUGUCCAGACAGCGAAGAACAAGAACUUUUGAGGCUGUCAACCAUGUCCAAGAUAGAUGCUCUGGAACCAAUAGUGUUUGAAACUACUCAAGAAGAAGUGAUAGUUUGUGAAACAACAUUGGAUAAUGUGUCUUGUCCGGACAAUGAAGAACAGGAGCUUUUGAAGCUUUCGGUUAUGUCGAAGGCAGCAGACUCUGGACCAAUAUCAUCUAGUUCUGUAGAAGUGUUGACAGUACGUGAUACGCAGUUGGCCGACGUUCCUUGUUCAGGGCAAGAAAAUCAAGAACCGUUUAACAAACUUGCAUUUGAAAAGAAUACCCAAGAACAGGAAGCUAUUGCUGCUGUUACUACCGUUGAAGUCGUCGAACAAAUAGAAUCAUCAAUGCAGUCUGAGAAUGUACAACAGUUUGUGAUAGAGUUGUCCGUGGCAGAAACUAAAGAAUCUGUUCUGCAUGAAGAUAUAGGUGAUGAAUCUAUCAGCAGUGUGGAUCUGUCAAAAUCAAGUGCAUUUGAUUCAAGUAUGGCUUCGGUCAUUAGCAAACCAGAAAUUUCCUUCAUUAACUUACCGCUAGAGAAGAAUGUAGCAGCAGAAGACAUUGAGCUGAUGGUUUCCAGCAUUGAGUCUAACGAAGGAGUAAUUAAAACAGCCAUUUCGCCAGAUCAAAAUGCAGGAGAGAUUGUAGUAGAAGGAAAAUUGCUAGUUCAAGUAAAUAUUCCCCACAAGAGCACUGAAAAACAGCACACAACAGACCGAAAAGAAAAACGUAAGAAAGAGAAAAAGCAAGCGAAAAAGUCCAAACAGUUAACGCACGAUGCAGGAGCUUCGAAGGAAAGUGCUGUGGCAAAUGUUACAGAUUCGGCCAAUGAAAAGCCCAAGACUGAAACAGAACCACCAGUUCCAAAUGUUUGGGAACAAAUGAAGGGCAAGAAGACGUAUGCCGAGGUAGUAGCGGGUAAGGAGGCAGAACGUAGAAGACUUUUGGAAUUGCAAAAGAUGAAAUCUCAGUCUUCUAAUGUGCCAAUGGCAGAGGAAACGAAAUCUCUACCGCAGGGUGUAAGUGCUACAGACAAGGUAAUGUCUCGUAACGAGAGCUUCGUUGAAGUUGAGCUCAGUAACGAAACAGACCUUCAGUCUUUUAUCGAUAGCAACAAGAGCUACGAAAGCAUGGCAAAACCAAGCACAUCCUGGGCAGAUAUUAUCGACGAUGAUGUCGUAGAUAACAGCAUUGUUGGCACUGUGCUGAUUAAUCCACCAGAGGAAUCAAUAGGCAAAAUUGAACCCACGGAGGUGGUCGAUACAUCAGAUCAACAUGUGCCGGAAAAGCAAGCAGUAGAGCAGGGUAAUCAGGAAGUUUCUGUUAAACGUGAAACGAAGCAAAAGAAAAAGCAAAAGAAACGGGUUAUAGGCCAAGUUGUCAGUCCAGCGGAAGAUAUAUCACAGUCUUCAGAGCUGCAUGAAACGGAAAUAGACACAACCACGUCUACGACGGAAACAUCAAUCUGGCAAACUGGUCCGCUUUACGCUGAUGUUGUGGCCCAAAACUUGCAACGCGAAACAGAAGCGAUAACUCUUUCGUCUUCAGUUGAAACUGAUAGUCAAUUGGACGUAAGUGAAGCUCCCCAAGCAGUUGUAGCUGAAGCUGUAUAUACAGUUUCAGAUAGUGUAUCAGACACAAAAACACCUGAGUUGAUUGUGGCUGAAGAUACUGUUCAAAGUACUAACCGGACUCAAAAGGAAGGCAAGGCAGCGAAGAAAAAGAAUAAACACAUUAAGUUCCAGCAGGUCACUUUGCAAGUGGAGAAUUUACCUGCUGAGACAGAAACAGAUACCGCUAUGUCCUCAGUUGAUGUGCAGCCUGCUGAAGUUUCUUUCACACUUCCAACUGCGCCAGAGGACACAAUUCAAGAACAACCAUGUACAUCAGGUGCAGGUUCUGUGGGUGUCAGUGGUAUUACUAAGCGUGUUUUGAAAAUGGUUCAAACAGCAAAAUCUGCAGAAAAUAAACCAGAAGAAAAAGAACACGGUGAGUCGGUUGUCGAUACAACUAUCGAAAUGACUGCCACAGAUGGUACCGAAUCAGAUUCGUUGAGGUCGCCUUCAAAGGAGGAUGUAAAACCGCAAGACGAUGAUACUUCGAGAGUUAAAAAAUCGAAGAAAAAACAGAAGAAACAGCCCUUGAAACAUGGAUCUAGCGAUGAGUCGGCUGAUAUGCAAACUGCCAGUAAUUCUUCUGAAAAACCUACCGUAACGGUGCCACUGUCUGAGUCUCGCAAAGAAAUAGCUCAUCUCCAUGAGCAUGUGCAUGAGAAUGUGGAACGUGUCGAACCUAAUGUGGAUGACCCAACGUCAUCCAGUGUAGAUCACGAGAAACAUGUGAAGUUCUCUGUAGAAGUCGAAAUUCUCAAGGAGGUUCCUUUGUCAGAAUCACCUAAAGAAAUUGAACAUCUUCUAGAGCAUCACGCACACAGGCCGAUGGUGGAAGAGGAAAUACCUCCUGCAGAGCAUUUGGAUGAUGAUCAUAAGCAUGUGAAGUUUGUAGAGGAGAUAUCGGUAUUACCAUCAGUGCCACUUUCCGAAUCUGUUAAGGAAUUAGAGCAAUUGAACAGUACCACAGAGACCGUCGGAAAUGAGUUAGAACGGCAGGAAGAAACAAGUGAUAAUGCAACAGAAGAAGACAAUAGUGAGAAGAGAGUAAAGUUUGACCAUCAGGUGGAAAUUCUACCCACAGUACCGUUCUCAGAAUCAAGCAAGGAAAUAGAGAGCAAGGAAAUAGAAACCGAGAAGGAAGCAUGCAUCGUAAAGGAUGACGAACAUAUCCCAUCGGAACUAGAGAGUACUACUGUCCGUGAAACAAACUCGAUGAAAAUUGAAGUAGUUGAGUUGGUCGGUAGUCCAAACCCGGCGAACUCGGAAGAUGAUAAACGAGUGAAGUUUGAUCCUAUGGUAGAAGUGUUACACAAUGUACCAUUCUCAGAAUCGGUUAAGGAAACGUCCGGUCUUGGAGUUGAAAAGCAGGAACAAGCUCAGCAGGUGGAAGAUCUGGCUAUGGUAGAGAGUCCUGGUGGCCCACCGCAACCAGAACGACGCGUUUCCUUCUCUAAUACUGUGGUCAAGAUAGAGCUGGAACAUGAAGAUGACGAUGAUGGAUUCGAAGUGAUAGACAUGGCGGAAGUUGAAGAAGUGGUGGACGUUUGUUCGGAGUCUUUGGAACCUCGGGAAGAAAUAGUACCCCAAGAUCAGACACAAGAGAACACUUCGGAUACGGUGUCUGCUGUACCAAAGACGGUUGAAAAGAAUGCUUCUAAGAAGCAAAAGAAAUCCAAGAAAAAGUCCAAUGCAAAGCACGCUGGUGUCAAAUCCGCUUCGCAGGAUGAUUCUGAACCGGAGAGUACUCUUUUCACGUCCGACGUGGAUGUAGCCGCUCAGACUCCUCGGCCGGGUCUUCUGUACGCAGAUGUAGUCGCUCAAAAGCCGGAAAAAGACGCACAUAGUACCCUGACAGCUCAAAUCACAGAUUAUGAUACCGAAACGGUCGUUCGGGAAGAUUAUUUAGUAGUGCAGGAAAUUUCUGUCACGGAGGUGUCUACUUCUCGUGAAACAGACAUUGUUCAAACCGUGCAAGCGGAACUGACACUUCCACAGGAGCCAAGCGCUUACGAGCCUGCGGAGAUUGUGGAUGUUCACGUCGAAGAAAACAUUGUUUUGCCCAAAGCGCAAGAACUGUUUGAUAAUGAAGCCUUGGUGAGCCAGAUGUCCAAUAAGGACGGUACGAUAGAUGAUGUAGGAAACAGCGAUUUGCAGUUUGUUUUGCCACCUAUCAAGACGAAUGACGAUUCGGCAGUUGAAAACGCUCAGCUGCGUAGCGUACCUUUGGAAAAGAUUGUGACGGUUGACAGUGAUACAACAGAACAGCCUACAAAUAACGCUGAUGGACCAAUGUCCAUGCAAGGGCUCUACUGCAUUUGGCAGGAUAGAUCUUGGCUUGAUCGAUCGUUGUACCGGCAAGCCGAGGAGCGAUAUGCGAUGACAAAUAUCAAUAAUGCCGUGUGCGAAGAACUACAGCAUGUCGCGGAACACGAAGUUCCUAGCAGUGUCACCAUUGCUAGUGACGUCAACACACCACCAACAGCAACAGUAACAGCUGCCCCUGCAGCCACUAACAAUGUACUAACACCAACGCCUCACACCCCUUGCGAAGAGUUAUCCUUGCAGCAAACUGCGCCCAUUUUGAGCGAUGUAUCCUUGGUCCCAUCCAUCCCCGUCCGACCAGCAUCCGACUCCACGUGCAAUCUUCCCAUCCCAGUCCGUCCCCAUUCUCCUUCAUCCUUCGAUCCUUCACUAGGUUCAACGGACAGCGUAGAAUUAAGUAAACAAAAUGUGGCUGAAUGCACAGACAGUAAACAGGCACUAGCGCAAAGUGUUGAAAGUAUUCUGGACUCGCUGAUCAGUGCGGAACUAGAGAUGAACAAUUUACCGUACGACAACGUGAACGAUCUCAUCAAGGGUCUUCAGGUCCUCAUAACGAACUUAGCUGAGUACAAGCAACAGAAUUACGCCAUCGCAAGAUCCCUACCGGCGAACGCAGACAGCCAUGUACGGGCAGCGGUUGAACAAAUCGACCAACGAAUCGACUUAUUACGGCAACGAGCGGAAAAUGGCCUCGAAAAGAUUCAGCAAACUUUAAAACAACGAGAGCAUAGGAAGACGGAAAUUCGGAACUACCUAGAAUUAUUAGAGGGAAUCGAAAGAUGGCUAUCCGGCACCAGCAUACAUCUAAUGGAGAUGACCGAAUGCAGUACGGUGGAAGAAAUGCAACGUCGAAAGGAUGAGGAAAGUGCGGUUCUAAAAGAUUUGCGCGAAAAGGAACAAUUUUUGAAGGAGGUGUUGGAUAAGACAGCAUCAUAUCUUGUGUACAAAGAUGUAACCGAUCGUACGGCUGCGCUGAGAGAGAACUUGACCGUGUUGAUACGCAUCCUGCGCGAAAAAGCGUUGAUUCUGGAGAAUAAUAUUCAACGGAUUACUGAUCAUUUGCAUCCCGUGGAGGCAACGAUUCUGCCACAAACGGUGGACAUCGAAAGUCAAACAAGUCCACUGACAUCAAUCGAACCAGUGCCUGUAUCGGCUGACGUAGUACAAGGUGAAGUGCAACUGCCUGUUAGUGUGGUCACUCAAGAAUCUUCUGUCCAGACGCAAUCCGCAGCGGAACAACAUACUACCGACAACAUAUUGAUUAUCCAAUCGGUGGUUAAUGGACGUGAAACAGUACAGAUCUCCAACGUGCCGCGCUCGAUCGGCUUAGCGGAUCAGCAGCUGGAGGAAUCGGUUGUCGUUGAGGCAAGAUAUACACAGCCGACAGAAGGAAGUGAGUUUGAUAGAUCGUCGGAGUUGUUGGUGAAGAAUAUUCCGACUCAGUUCGAGACUACUUUUACCGAACCAGACGAUACAACCACGGAGAUUGUAGUGAAUCGGGACGGAUCGAAGAGAAUAACUUUGCGAAAGGUAGUCCAGCCAGCUCAAUCCAUCGAAUCAACUGCACCCGGAAAGGCAUCGAUUGUUACAUCGGUAGACUUGGCUACGCAGCAGCCGGAAACGCGCGCAAUAACGGGUGACGAGAGUGUUGUGGUGGACGUUGAAGGAGUUGACGUUGUGCUGGAAGAAAGUAGUAAACAGGAACGGGAUGAAGCGAUAGAAGCUGGUGAGCUACCAGUGUUGCCCAGCGAGUCACCGAUACAGGAAGCAGCCCAGACAGUGGUUGCAGAAGUACUGGAAGAGUUGGAACAGAAGAUGCAAACGACUGAGCAGGCUGCCGAACAGCAGCCGGAAGAACCGCCACAGGUAUUCGAUUCACAUGCUCAAAUCGCACCAGUAGAGUUGAUUGCUUCUAUCGUUGAGUCACAAACUAGUACUAGUACACUAUUAGGCGCUGAUGCUGAAGUUGUUGCUGCUCCUACCGAUGCUGUUGCAAUCGAUUCCUUAAGCCUUAACGAACCACUUACAGCCGGCGGAGAAUUAAACGUACCGGAGCAAAAACCGGUAGAGUCGAUAGAAGACAUCUGGCCACCGUCGGAACAUGUGUGUAAUGUUACAGGUCCCGAGCGUUCGUUACCACUUUCACCAGUACAUACGCAAGCGAGGGAAGUUGUUGCAGACCCCGUAAUGAGCGAAGAAAGCCAAGAGGCACAACAGAUAUGGCCGACAAGUCCGGAACGUGGUUCCGACUAUAUCCAAAUAGAGCCGAAUGUUUUGAAGUCUGACGUGGACGAUGCAGAAGUAGAGAAACUAGUCCCUAUAGUAAUGGAAGAUCAAGCAUUGGAAUAUGUCGCAGUUGAUCGUGAGCAAGAGAUAGAAGUACCUAUACUGAUGGAAAGGCAAAUUAGUGUUUCGAGUGUACCGCUUACGAGUGACGUGCCGGAGGAAACUAUUCAACCACACGAGGAUAUUGCAGCCCCAAUGCCCGACACUCCUGCUUUGAGAAGCGAACCCACGUUGGAAGUGAUUGAAUCAAGCACCUUGCGUUCUGAACCGCUUGUAGAAACAACGAUUACGCGGACCACCGAUACAAUUGAAGACGCUGAUAGUUGCACAACAAUAGUGGAAACAGUUUUGAUCACUAAAACUACAACCACAGAGGAAAUAAUUGAGAUCCCGGUUGAAGUAGAAUGCGUCGAGUCUGUUGCGGAUGAUGAGCAGGAAGAAAAGGUAAUGAUCGAAAAGGUGACGCAUGUGACUACGAUUGUAGAGCGAGUUCUUGUAGAAGAUGACACUGAAGAAGCUACAGGAGGUCCUAUGAUUGAGGAAAUUGUUAGUGAACCGACUGCUGACACAAUGUUGGUGAAACAAGAACCGGUGCUUACUACUCCCAUCGAUGAUGAAAAGAAUCUACAGGUUCAAGUGGCAUCGAUUGGUGAAUCACAGUCCUCUUCUCUGAAGGUGUCCAUGACCGUUGAUCCAACCGAAACAAAGAAAAUAAGUGUCAGUUUGAUCGAGGUGAAAUCGACAGAAAUGACACCUAUCGAUGAUAACAAACAAACGGAACAUGUCGAAUUUGAAGAAAUUUCUGGAUUAAAAGCAGUUGAGGUUGAUCCAGGUUAUGAAGCUGAUAAAACUGCAACCGCCGCCGAGGGCGAACCGGAAGAUGACGAUAAGGGCAAGAAGAAGCGCAAAAAGAAGAAGAAGGGUAAGCUCGAAAACGAGAAGGCUAGCAAUACUGACCAAAUGCCGGUAGCUGAACCAAAUGCAGCUAAGUCGUUGCACACUGACGGUCGUUUGUCUGAGGCCCAAGAAUCGGAACAACGGUUUGACUCGUACCAAAGCUUUACAGAGGAAGAUCAACCUCAGACCAGUACGGUGAACGUUAUGGAAGAAGCCGUCGAGCCGGAGAUUGUUGAAGUUCCGAUCAACAUUCAGGAGAAAAUCGUGGUACCCACCGAGGUGAUUGAGGCGAUUUAUACGGAAGACGUACAGCAGCAAACAACGCCAACUGAGCUUACGUCUGGACAGGAGGUUCGCGAUCCAGCUGAUGUGGAGAUAGAAAAGAUCACCUCAGAACGAUUGAUGGUACCGAUCGAUUGGGAGCAACGAUCCAUGCAGACAUCACCUGAACCAGAAAUUCAGCGCACUUCUCAACAAACUUCUCCUUUGAUGGUCGAACAGCAAGAAUCGGUAACCGAGCAAGAGACAAAAGAAAUACAAACCACAGUUGUAGAAGCAAUGGAGAUAGAAACACAAACGCUUCAACCUUUGGCGCUGGUUCAACAGGAAGCACAAACGGACGCACCGGAAGAAUCGGUAGUUGCUGUACGUGAGGUCGACACGGUCGAUACAGCAAACCAAACUGUGCCUAUCGAAACGAAGGAAACUCAACAGCAAGCCGAAAAUACCGAAGAGAUUGUUGGACCGAUACUGGGACAGAUUGUAAAGGAAGUGAUUGAUCCAGCAACGUUGUUCAAACGACAAUCGGCACAAACUAGCCCUGUACAUUUUGCUGAACAAACUGCAUUGGAACCGAGCGUAGCCGUUGAGAAGACAGAUGAUAGCGCACAAACAAACUUCCCCGAUGUGCAAGAUGCUAAUGUUGAGACAGACACAGUGCUUGUCGAAGAUCGCGGGAUCUCUCCGCAUGCAGAAUUAUCUGCGGUGGAAGAAGAGACUCCGUGCGUUACACAGCCUGUGUUAACGACUGAAUCUGCUAUGCAAACGAGUCCCAUGCACGAUGUGGUGCCGGUAGAGUCGGAGGUGUCACCAAAAUACGAAAUACAGGAUGAAAUUCUCAUUCAAACCGUUGCUCAAAACGUACCGACGGUCGAGAGCGUAGAUAUGCAAACAGUACAAAUCCCAACUACCGAAUCUGACGCCCAAACUACCCCAGUAGCAGUGGCUGAGAUUACCGAAACGGUUACAAUUAGCACGCAAACGAAACCGGAGCAAUCACAUCUGAAACCGGAUGGGGAAGCGAAGCAUACUUCCGACGAUAAGGAAAGCACCAAACGUUCGAAGUCGAAAAAAUCUAAGAAAUCGAAGGAAAAAUCAAUCCCGAUAGAAGUUGAAGUGAGUACGCAGAUGAUGGUGCCCAGCUUGAGUGCCGGUGGUGUACCGAUGCCAGGCUCUGGUGGGAACGAAACGGUGACCGUAACAAAGACGAUCAUUACUGAUGGUAAAGGACCAGAUGGACAGGGAGAUGUCAGCUUAAACAUACAGGUCGACAUUGAUCCAUCGUUCGGUACGGUUGAGGAACGAACAACAACAUCCUCCUACCACGAGAAGCAACCCUUGACAACGGUCAGUUGUCCCAUCAAUGAAUCGCUAGACCGUUUGCAAAGUCAAAAUUUGCAGUUGAGCUUAUCAGAUUGUUUCUCUAUCAUGAAGUCGCAACAAAACUAUGCCGAAAACCGAGUAAUACCGUGGAACGAUAUUAAUCAAAUGUUCGACCACAUGAAACUCCCGUCACUAGCUCCAGCUGCGGACGACGGUAUGCAACAGGAAAAUGAUUAUCCGAUUUUGAGAACAUCGAAUCUACAUGAUGAAGAUGACGAAACUAGCUCGACAAACGACGAUCUGGACCAGAUGCUACAAUUGUUACAAACGAAUGACAACGAUCCGAUCGCACAGCAGCAUGUACUGUUUGAUGUGGUGGAAAAUGUAGUCAAAUCGUUGGAAGAUCUCGAUGCAGGAAUGACUGUUGCGCAAGCGAACACGACAGAUGGAGGGUCAGCAUUGCACCGUGCGAAGCAGCUCCGGGUGUAUAAAAUUCGGUUGAUACGCAUCGAAGAACAUAUAGUAAAAAUCAUAACAUAUGUGCAACGCUCCAAGACCGGUCUCAAUAAAGAGGUGGAUGAAUGCCUCAAUAAUUUGCUGCGGCAGGUGAAAGCCCUCGAGCAAACGGUCGCCAAUGGGGAAUCCAAGAUCGAUAUGAAUACGGCAAAGUCGCGUAUUGUUGGUGAACAAAUACGUAGAGCGGGCGAGACGGUGGAAAUGGUGGAAAGUUCCUAUAAUGACCUCGUGGCGAACGAUACCAUUGCCAUUAGCAGCAAACUUGGCCUUAUUCACAAUUUACAAGAGCACUGUAAUGCGGUGAUGACGUCAUUGAAGACGUUUGACAAUCCCGAGAUAAAGUUGGACGACAGUACAGCUGGUGAGCUGGAUAAAGCUAUUCAUGCGUUACGCCGGCUGGAAAAUGGACUUGUGUUGGAACGAAACAAGCUCGUCCAGCUGUGUAGUCUAGCCGAUGAGUACGAGCAGACGUUGCUCGAGUUCCAGGAGAUAACAGCUACGGCAGAAGUGUUCAUUGAAAAUGAAAUCGUUACCAAUUCGCUCGAAGAGCUGCAAGAGGAAAUGCAACGCUAUCGCAAGUUUUUCGUCAAUUUGAACCACUGUAAGGCGAUACUGGAAUCGCUAGAAACCAACCUCGAUCCAUUAACCCGCCAGAAGUAUGCCGAGCUACAUUCUUCCCUCUACAACCGGACGAAGGUAAUAUUGGAGCGGGCCGUCGAUCGGGCAGGGAAGCUUGCCUUGGCGGCAUCUCGCUGGACCGUGCUGGAGAAGGAGAUGGUGGACGAAAAGCAAUGGCUUCAGGUGGCUCAACAACGCGUGCCAGACUUGAGUAACGUUUCGUCGCAGGACUUUGAGCGGUAUAUCACGAUGUACGAAUCGCUGGAACAGGACAUUGCUAAUCACUUGACAAAGAUGCGAUCGCAUCACGAGAUGGCCCGGCACAUGCACGAGCUGAUCUCAGCACCGACUGUCGAGAGGGAAAGUAACGAAGCGUUGCUUGUGGCAAUGCAGCUACAGGAGGAGGUAUCACUGUAUCUGAACCUGGUGACCAAGUUUAAGGCGCAAUGGAAUCGAUACAAUACUCACGCGGAUCGAUUGGUUGACUGGCUGGACGUAUGCCAGGGCAAGUUAGCUAACAUCACGAUCGAAAAGAACCUCUCCGAAACUCCAGUCGAUGAUAUGCGAACGUUUUGGGAAAUUAAGGCCCAGUACGAGGUGCUCAAUAACAAGGUGUACAAAACCGCCUGCGACACGUUCGGUCAGGCACUGCGUACCAUUUCCGUAACGGAUGAGCAAUUGCAGCGUCAACUGCACGGUCAGCUGCUAGACGACUGGAACGCAGUGUCGAACCGGAUCGAUGACAUACAGCGCCACAUUGCGGAAUCGAUGAAAACCAAAGGUACGCCACCGGGCGAUAAACUGGCGUUCAUCGAGCAGGAACUGCAGGAGAUUGCCCGCGAGUUCGAUAGCAGCAAAGCGGUACUGAAAAGCCAGGAAGAUCUGUACGCUUACAUCGAACGGAUACAGACGCUCAAGACUCGCAUCCAACUGAUCGACACCGAGCUGGUAGGCCAGUUUGCACUAGAUCUCGACUGCAACACUGAGAAGGCGGGUGCCGUUUUCAAAACAUCGCGCCAUCUAUCGCAACAGAUAUCGGAAGAGCUGGAUGCGGCCGAGCUAUUCUACCACCGGCUGGAAGAUAUUGAGCUUGGUAUAAAAGCACAAGAAGAACGACUCACGGGUAUUGCUCGUGUGCUGGACGAAUGUAGUGGCAGCGUCAACGGUAAACGAUCGGUCAUCGAGAAAGCGCUGGCAGAUUGUAAAACCAGCCAGGAUGCGCUCGGACCCUGCUGGAGUGAGUUGAUGCGCCUUCGGCAGAUGCUUCACACGCUGCCGAUGAACCUCAAGGUUUCGGUAUCGCCGUUACAAACGGAGCGGGAUUUAUCCACGCUGCAAAACGUACACAGCGAUCUUGAGCACCGGUCGGACGAAGUGAUGACGUUGUUGCGGAACCGUUUGGCACUGUGGAACAAGUUCCAUAAGCAACUCGACAUGAUUCAGGAGCACGUACAGGAAACGGAGUUUAUGAUGGAACUGUUGCAGCUGCAGGAAAGUGCUGACUAUAACCGACUGUUGAAAGCAACGGAACGUUUAGAUACACUCCUCGCGGAUAUCGAAAGCAGGAAAGGCAUGAUUGAAGAUCUAGAAACCUUGGCACAACCGCUGGUAGAAUCGUCCGAUGAAAGUGUUUCAGCGGAGAUCCAAGAAACAGUCCAACAGAUAAGCGUUGUGUGGGAAAGUACGCGGGAAAAUUUGCGCGAGUUGUGUGAACGGUACGAGAAGGCAGUGAAGCUUUGGCAACACUAUCACGACGUGUGCGAAACCGUGAAGGACUGGGUGAACCACGAAUAUACGGACUACGAUGAGUUGCAACGUUUGGAAGAUCUGCCGCAAGUGGAAGUAUACCAGCAGGCGCUACUCGACCAGCGUCAGGAGGUGGAGAAGCUCCGUAAGCUAAUCGGUGAUAUAAAUGAGCAAGUUGGAUUCAACGUGGGUGAUACGCUGUUGGCGGAGAUUGACGAAUGUAGCAAGAAACUGGAGGACAUUGAGCGAAAUGUGGUGGAGCAGCGAAAUAGGGUGCGUGAGCGGGAGGUAGCACGUGUGGAUAAAGCCAACGUUGUGCAAACUUCUCGCGGUUUGUUGGAUCGCAUUCAAGAGAGCCUCCAGCAGGCGGGACAAUCGCAGCGUACAGCCGAUGAAAAUCUUUGCAACAAAAUUGUCGAUCUUCGUUCGUACAUGCUAAGCUUGUGCGUUACAAUAGCGCGCCUGAAAGACAUUCAACGCGAUAGGGACCAAGCGGACGAUAACGGAAAUCUGCAUAACAUCCAUUCAGUAUCGCAAAACCUGCUUCAGGAUACAUUCCAGCAAUAUCAAGAGCUUGUGCAGCAGCUGGUUACCCGGUCGGAAGAUGAUGAACGAUUGCUUGACUUCUGGCAAGAAUAUCUGCAAUUUGUCAUGGCAUUCUUGUCUGAGCCCAUCCCCAGUGAUUACGGUCAGCUGAAAGCGCACCGUGAGCAGUGUUUGCUGAUCAAGAUGCUUUUGAUUAGUUUACGCAAAGUUCUGCUGCAAAAGAGCAAGAUCGAUGUGCGGCUGGUGGAGCGAUUCAACGCGCUAAGUGAACAACAUUCCGAUCGCAUUGAUCGGUACUUGGAGCGCAUCACGGAAAUCGAUAAUCGGCUCUGGCACUGGGAAAAGUUCCGAUCGCUCGGCGUUAACCUGUACGCAGCGUUGGGUGAUAUCGAGCGCGAAAAGUUUACACUCCAGCUGGAGUACAUCAAUUUGCCAGAGCUACCGAAGUUGAUUGCAAGGGUAAAUAGAUUGUUGGAACAGUUCCCCCGGCUGGAGGGAGAUUUGAGCGCGAUGAAUCAGGAGCUGGCACACUUGACACUGUAUACCAAGGACGAGUGUACAUUGGUUGGAAUGCGAAGCGAACACGGAAAGAUUACCGAGAAGGUUGUCAAGCUGCAGGACAAUGUGGAAACGUGGAAGAACUUCCUGUUUAGUAUUGAUGAGACGCAUGGCAGAUUUACGAAGCAGUCGCAGGAGGUGGAAGCUCAUUUGAAUGAACUGGAGGAAUAUCUGAACCAGCUAGAUGCAGAUCAGCGCAACACCUCUGAUCUGGGCGUGGAGCAUCGAUUUAGCGGUGUACAGGCGAGACUCAACCUGAUCAAAAACCAUCACGUACGGUUAGACACGGUGCGGUCGAAUCUGGAAGAGAUGGGCCAACUCCAUGAAGAACUGAAAGCAUGCAUCAGCAUGUUUGAUGUACAGCGGCUCCACAAGCGUAUCUGGACACUGUGGCAAAUCUUCGGCAAACUCGAGCAGCGCGUCGUACUGCUGGUGAAACUGACCGAGGCGCGUUCGCGCAAGAAGAAGCUGUUCCUGGAACAUUACCAAUUGCUAAUGGAGUGGAUGCGAGUGUACGAAUGGAAAGUGCGCGAUCCCGCCAAAUACGAAUCGUGCACCGAUGAUCAAGCUUUCAUUCAGAGUAUGGAAGACACAAUGCGACAAGAGCUGGGUCUUAAACAGUGGGAGAAAGAUUGGUUGAUGGCCGUAGGCAGAGAUCUUCUACAGCAUUGCUCAACAUCGGAGGAGUAUGAAGAAAUUACGAAACAUCUUGAUGCACUUGAAAAGGAUUGGAGUUAUCUGUGCAGCAUGUGUGAGAGUCGUACCGAGACGUCCUCGACAGUACAAAUGAGAAUGCGUUCGCUUGAAGCACGCAUUGCCGAGAUCCAAGCAUGGAUGAAGACGAUUGAGCGCGAACUGGGAAUGCCCUUUGUGGUGGACAGUUUGGACCAGUCGACUCUAGAUCGAUUGCUGGACGAUUACGAAAAGCUGCAGCGAUCGAUUGAAAGUAACAGUGGUAACGUGGCGGAGGUACUUAAUCUGUGCGAAAUAGUUGCGAUUGACGUGCAGUCUUAUAGUGUCAACAUCAACAUUCGAAGUAUUCAGAGCGAUGCGAAUGAUCUGGAUAUACGGUGGAAAAGAAUGUGCCGCGUAUCCGGUAGUCGCAAGCGAGAUCUCAUGGAUUUGUGGAAUACGUUGUUGAGCUUGCAGAAUGGUCUGCAGUUUCAGCAAUGGGUUUACCAACAGCAUGAGGCCAAUCGGCGAUUGGAGCAAUCGAUGACUACCUUCGACGGGGAUCAGAUGGCUGAAGAGCUAGAAAGCAUAGCUAUACGCACGAAAGAGCUUGAAACGAGAGAGGAGUGUCGGGUAUGUUUGCGUAAGCAGUACAUAUCGCUGGUACAGAACGAUCUAGUUUCGGGUGAAGGUAUGCGCUUCGUCACUACACCAGUGCACCAAAUGUUGCUUGUCUGGGACCGACUGCUGCCGGAUCUAUGCGAACUACGUAACGAUCUAGAGCGGUGCAGAUCAGAUGUGGGCAAGUUUGUAGUGAAGUAUGAGCAAAUCAUUCUCGCUCUGACGCAGAUCGAUGUACAGGUGACACAGAUCGAACAUCUACCAUCGGAAUCACCUGCCGAAGAUCCUGUUUCUCCGGAGACUCACAUACAACGACUUCGGGAUUUGCAUAGCGAACUUUUGCUCGUUGUAGAUUUGUUCGAAAAGGAGGAUUCACUGGGUGCGAAUCUCAUUGAGCAGCAUUCAGCAAACCAAACGCUGAAGGUGGACAUUCGACAGAAAAUGGCCGAGUAUCAUCAGCUGGGCAAUGGUUUGAAGGAACGACUUGAUGCGCUGUUAGCCCGCGCUACAAAAGCGUUCGAAAUUGCCCACGAAAAGGACGUAGCCGUCCAGGUGAACACAUUGCGCCUGGAACGAAGUGAAUCCAUCACCGCAAAGGACGCGUAUCGCUAUCAACUCGAGACGGCACUUGCAGAAGCCGUCACUAAUUUGGGCAAGUUGGAGGAGGCAAUCGCGGCCAUCAAUGCAAACAACUUUGUCGGUACGACACAGAACGUAUCAAAAGCAUCGGCAGCCUGUGAAUCGUCCGUCGAGCUGAUUAAGCAUCUGAACACGCUGCUAAUCUCGGAAUGUCACGCCACGACGGAGGAAGCAUUUAGUGUGCGUGUGAAAGAGGAAACGGAACGAUACCAGCGUUUCUUGGCAGAAUGGAAACAGAAGCAAGAACAGCUGGAGGAAUCAAGGAUCAUUCCUAAUGCUUACAAUUUUAACUGCGUACACAAUGCAGAUUAUCUGACAUGUCCAUUGUGUACGAACCGGAACUGGCAGCAGAUUGAUAACGAUCUUUGGCGGUUGGAGCAAUGGUUAGCAAUGGCGGAAUCGACACAGCGGAACCAGCUGUCAAGUCCCCCCUCGGAUAUCGAUGCACUGGAAGACACGAUACAAGACCAUCGCGAAUUUCUGCUUGACCUCGACAGCCACAAGAGCAUUAUCAAGUCGCUGAACAUUGUAGGAGAACAUCUAGCGACCCACACCCGGGACACCUCUCGGGCAGCAAAGUUACGUGAACGAUUGCAGAAAAACAACCGACGUUGGGACACCGUUUGUACUGGUGCCUCCCGUUGGCAAUCGGCACUGAACAGUGCACUGAUGGAGAACCGUGAGUUCCAUCGCACCAUCGCCGAGCUGAGCGGAUGGUUAGAGCAAACGGAAAACAAGAUCAAAUCAUCGGAACCGAUCGAUUUGACGAGCGAUCAACGGUUGGUGGAAAAGAAGUACCGUAUGUUCCGGGAACUCCGUGCGGACUUAAUGCGCUGUGAGCCACGUGUGGUUAGUUUACAGGAAACUACGUCGCAACUGACGAAGUACGUGGACGCUAACAAGUCGGAGAAGUUUGAUGAGGUGUAUGCGAAAUUAACUGAUCUGCGAUUGCGCUUCCACUCGAUACGGCGCCUGGUGGAGAUGUACAUCAUCAAGAUAGGUGCGUCCUUGGGAUAUGAUAGUAGCACCAGUCUGGCAGAUGUUCCUUCCACCUCCUCGACGACGUCACUUUCGACCGUUGAUCGACAACAGGCAAGACGCCGGCAAGCAUCAGAUCAGCAGGAGAGCCACCAACGAGAUGGUAGCGGAUCCCGAAACCAUCCAUCACAAGCGACGGCACAUGAUUCCAGUACAAAUACUGGUACGGGUAUUACAGAGGCCGACGACGAUGUCAUCAACACCACGAUACUCACCCGAAGCUAUCGUUUCUUGGGUCGUGUCAUACGUGCCUCGUUGCCAAUCCAGGCGAUGCUGUUAUUGCUGCUCGGUGUGGUCACGCUCAUGCCCCACGGUGAGGAGUACUCAUGUACGCUGGCCAACAACUUUGCCCGCAGCCUGGAACCGAUGCUACGCUACCCGAACGGACCACCACCGAUCUAGCGACGGUCCAUCCGAC